AUGACAGAUCCUAUGAUGGACUUUUUUGAUGAUGCCAACCUCUUUAGUGAUACCUUAGAAAGUUUGUCUGAUGAUGCUUUUGUACAAACUGGACCUGUUUCACUUGUUGAUGAAUUGAACUUGGGUGCAGAGUUUGAACCUUUACACAUCGACUCGUUAAACCAUGUGCAGGAAACGCAAACUCAACAAAAGAUAAAUGAAUUUGGGCAGCUAAAUCAGUAUGAUUCAUUGAAACUUCAAGUAAACCAGUCCUUCAGCAGCCCAGCUGAAAAUGUUUUAUCACCACACUCUGAGUUUAAUUGCUCACCCAUCCAUCCCCAAAGCCAAACCAAUGGGAUGUUUCCUGAUGUGGCAGAUGGAAGCCCAAUGUGGGGACACCAAACUUCUAGCAGUGUUUCAAAUCAGAAUGGAUCCCCUUUUCACCAAGGUCGUUCACAAUCUAUGCAGCAGAACAAAAGCUUUGUAGCACACCAUGAUUUUGCCUUAUUUCAGGCCAGCGAACAGCACCAUCCGUGUGCCUCAUUGCAGUCGCAGCAAAACAGAAAUGGCAUCAAUGCAGGAGAGGACACUCAAAGUCAGUCAGAAAACUUCAUGGAGGUUAAUGCGUCUGUUCCACAUAGAACCAGUGUUUCUCAUGCACCUCAAGGUGCUACUCUUUCAGACUCACAACAGUCUAUCUCUGUGCAGUCAUUUUCUCAGACUGCAAGUGACUCACCUCACUUUUGUGGGACUCAGGACGGAAACUUUGAUGGACACUCUCCUACUAUAACUCCAUGCUCUGUUAAUACACAGUUUUCACCUCCUUAUUCCUACUCUAGUAACCAUGUUUCUCCUACCAGUCUUCUACAGUCUUCGACAGCUCUUUCUGUUAGUCAACAAACUCAUUCUCUAUCUGAUUUUCCAGAGAGUGAUGCCUUUGCUUCUCAGAUAGGGACCAAGCAAGAAAAUACAGAUAACCUCCUUAACUCAAGUCCAUCUUUAAAUUCAAAUAAUUUCCAUGCGUUGCAUUCAGCACAUCCUCGGGGCAGCUUCAGUGGUUCAAAACUGUCUGCAGUGAACAUUAAUUUUUCUGCCCCUGCUGGCUCUGGUCCUCAGCUGAGCUAUUUCAGUGAUCCUAUAGAAGGCAAUGGUUUUUCGUCUUUGGAUGAGAAUUUGCUUCAUCAAGUCGAAUCUCAAGCUGAAUCAUUUACGGAACUUGAUCCAGAAACUCUCCUUCAGGAAGAUCUCCUUCCCCAGUUCAGUGAAUCUACAUUUGUGCAGGACAGCUCAAGUAAUGAGUUAGAACACCACCUAGAACACCAUGUUACCCCACAAGUGACAGAGCCCUCCCACCUUGUUCGGACUCAGACUCAAAAUUGCAAUCAUCCCUGGUAUCCUCCUAGUUCUAAUCAACACCUGCAAGAGCGAAAGCGUGUAAAUGCUCAAGGGCAGGUAGGUAAUGCUUUUCUGGGAGGGUUAUAUUUUGCUGUAGCUAGUUCAUUUUUACCUUGCUAUUAGUCAAAAGUAGUUAGUAGUUCAACCAAUAUAAGGAGGCAGAACCAUAAUCCAUUAGUAAGAAGAACUAUCCUGAAGUAUAGGAUCCUGUUUAAAAAGGGGGUUGGGUUGGUGAGGUUUUUAUAACUUUUCGGCUGUUUGAGAUGGAAUACUAAAUAGCAUUUAAAUCUUAGCUCUAAAUGCCUUUUGCACACUUCACUUUACAGUGUCUUCCAUCUCAGAAAAUACAGCAUUCUGCCAUAUCUUCCAAAAUUGAAUACACAUUUCAGUUUGUUUCUGUACGACUUGGCAGACUGUUAUUUUUGCUUUCGUUACUGCCAACUGUUGAGUUUUGUGGUAUAAACUGGAAGAAAAAAAAUUACAAAAAAGUGUUGAGAAAUAAGCUUUAUAAUGCUGCUUGCUUUGUUUUUUUCUCCCCCAUAUCAAAUUAAUUGAAGUUAUAAAACACCUUUGUGGUCUUUUUAAUAACACAUAGAGGUAUGACUCUAGCUUUGAACAUUGUUGCCAUGAAGAGUUGUAUAUAUAACUAUUAUUGUUUAAAUUUAUAAGCAGAAUUGAAUAUAUAUGCGCGCACACACACAUACAUACACACAAACACACACACACACACACAUAUAUAUAUAUAUAAUGUAACAAAUAUCAGCAAUAUAUAAUAUUGAUGGAAAUACUGGAUUCUGUUUUUUCUAUUUAUGUAGGUGGCUGUGGAUUUUAAUAUUUUAUUAUGAGAACCUAGUAUUUACUUUGAAAACAUUUUGGAGCAAAUUAUGGUGUAAUUUAUAGUAGUGAGCAUAAAACACCCCUUUGAUUUCAAAUCUGUUAUUAAUAGUGACUGCUAUUUGAGCAUAAAUUUUCCAAGAGAGUAUGCUUUUUGACAUUUUGGCAUGACCAAAUACUAGUGUAAUAUAUUCUUUAUAUUUCAUUUGUCUAUUUCCUUUUGGGCUGUAAAAUACUUUUUUCUCAUGUGUUAAGCAUAGCAUGAAUCUAGAAGAAUGCAUCUUUCUUUUCUUUGAAGGCAGGUGUUGCUUAGCAGUAGUUAACCACAUAACAGUUAGAUGGCAGAGGUACUUGAUGCUGUUAAAUCAUUAAGUCUUUAAGGUCACAAUGAUUAAUAUGGUAGAAUGUCUAGGGAACAUAAAUGAUAUUGCUCAUGAGCCCUAAAUAUGAGAUCACCGAGCAUUCAAAAUUCUGCACAAUGGGUGACAAGAUAAUCAUUUGUAUGAACUGAAGUGAUAUGUCAAACACUAAUUAUUAUGCUGGCCAUCCUAAUCUUCGAUUUAAGCAAGGGUGCCUAACUCACAGGCCAUUUAUUUUCAUUUACAAAUUUGUAAACCACUUCAUACCCUGAAGCCACUGACCAUUUUUAGUAGCCAGCUAAGCAUCAAGACUUAAGACGCCUGCCUAAUUUCAGCUGGUAAUUGAUUCUAGAGGGCUAGAGUUGUAACACAAAAGCCCAGUUUGGGGUGAACAUCUGGGGCAUGCAGAAUUCUCAACCAUGCCCCUUCUGAGGAGUGCAUUGGCUGGGCAGGGAUAUAUGGAACGAGGCCAUCCCUUAGGUAGCCUGGCCUCAAGUUCUUGACCUUCAAAAGUUUUAUGUGAACCCCAGAAACAUGCACACCAGCUUUGUGAGGUCAUGUUUAACUCUCUUUGCACUUAGCAGAUGGUUCCUGCUGUGUCCAUUCCAUUCCCUGGCUCUUUUUGUCCCAAAACUGCAUCCCUAAGCUUUCUGACCUUGCUGAUAUUUUGCAUUUCCACAUACUGGUAAACUUUCUGCUAAUGUCAGGUGAACUGCAUUUUGCUGAUUAUGUUCUGGGGAUAGCGCGUAAACCAAAUUUCAUAUAGUCAAAACAGAUUGUGUUCAAUGGCAGGUGGGAUUGGCAAAGUCUUUUUUCCUGGAUGCCCGCCCCCUUUUAAAAUGUUUUUAUUUUUUAUAGCCAAGCAUGUAUAGCUGAAUCCACAUGAGUAAAUGUGUGUAAGUUGCAAGUUACCUGUAUUAUUAAAAAGAUAAUAUCCAGAGUGCAGCUGAAGCAUCUGCUCUUAGGGACAAUCAUGAGGUAUCAUCUUUUCAGAAUACCUCAGUGGGAGCCAAAUGAAGCAAGCAUCUCAAAGUAACAUUGAGGUUUGUGAUAAGGGCUGAAUGAAACCAGCUGAGCUGAACGAUAGUGUAUUUUAUCAUCGUCAGGGCAAUCCUGGUGUAGGAUAUCCUCCACUACCAGUGCUGCCCUGAGAAAGAAAAAUGCUGAAUGAGUAUGUGUCUACUGAAACAAUCCCCCACCCCCGUUCUGACUGCUUGCUUGCAUGUUUGCAGACUGCUCAUCCAUCCCCCUUCUCUGCUGAGCAUGUGGAUUGUAGUGUGUGUGGCAUGUGGCAGUUUAGGUGUGGCCAAUCCUCACUGCAUCCCUCAGGCCCAAAAAAGUUAGUGCACCUGAGUUAAACCCAUUAUUUAGUUGCUUACAUUCCAAAUAGUUUUACUUUCCCACCUGCACACACAUACAGUGGUACUUCAGGUUACAGACGCUUCAGGUUACAGACUCCGCUAACCCAGAAAUAGUACCUCGGGUUAAGAACUUUACUUCAGGAUGAGAACAGAAAUCGUGCAGCGGCAGUGCAGCAGCAGCAGUGGGAGGCCCCAUUAGCUAAAGUGGUGCUUCAGGUUAAGAACAGUUUCAGGUUAAGAACGGACCUCCGGAACGAAUUAAGUAUGUAACCAGAGGUACCACUGUAUCUACAUUUGUUUAUGUUUUACCCGAAAGACAAGAAAAAGCAACUCUUCCAAAAGCUUACCUGAAUGUAAUUCUUAAUUGUCAGUUAUGCCCAGGUGAGCGGUUAUUUUAGAAGUUUUGAGUUGCAGAGCUUGCUGUUCCUAGAAUGUCUGUUAGGAAGUACACCAUUAGGAGAGGUGAAAUCAGUGUUUUGCCAGUAACCUCAUCAGCCUUGAAAAUAAACUACUAGCCUGCAAAAAAAAAAAAGUUACUCUGCCUGCUAGAGGAUGACAGAGUGAGUAGUGGAGAGCCCUGCUGGAUUCAGAGGAGGGAACUUCCCUUCUCUAGUAGCCCUUUUGGUUUCUGUGCUUGGUGCAGAAGAGAGAUGAAGCAUUUCAUUCACUUGCAUGGAAUUCUGUGCACUCACCUGUCUGCUAUUUCUUUUCAGCUAUGACUACCAAGCUAGUGCUAAAAUGCAAAGCUAAAGCUGGUGAAGGCUGCUAGUGAAGCAAAUUUUAGCAUGAGAGAAAUGAAAAUGUGGUAACAUUGACAUUGCUUGAAAUAUUACUGACUUGGUGCUUUUAGACGUUGGCUUAUGUUAUUAAGCUCUGAUGAAAAAAUAAGCAAGAUAAAUUUCCAGUUAUGUGGAUGCAUCUAUGGAUGCUACAAAAUGACAUGGAUAUGUAAAUGAGACCUUAUGAAGAAGGUUGAUGGGUGCUACGAUGGUUAAUAGGUGUCAGUUAAAAGUCAGAAAUUGCUAACAAUAUUUUGAAAGUUAUAAAUGCAGGUGCAAGUUUCAAAAAAGCCUACAGUUUUUCAUAAGCGGCACCUAAAAUGUCAACACCUAAUUUUUCUCAUUAAUAUCAGUGCAGAGAGGGAGAUAACAUUUGCUAAAUAUGUUAAGAAAUCAGUGACAUUUAAUUUGUCCUCUUUUAUUAUUCAAAAUAAUAAAAUUACUCCAUGACACCAUGUACUGUAGCCCAUUUUUUACUUGUUGCUUUAAAUUUCGGCCUGCACAAAUUAAAUCCUGCAUAUAAUAAUGUAACAUAUUUAAAAGCAAGCAGAUACAAAUUCUUCCCAGUAAUGUUCUUUACAAACUCUUUUGGUACAUGGGGUGUGGACAAAUUUCUAAGUUGUCAGGUCACCUUUUACAUUGUAAGUAUAUUACAAAAAUGUUUUAUCCAUUUUUAUUAAUAUAAUGUUUCUAAAGUCACAAGUUAGACCUUGGUGGUUGUUUGUUGUCUUUCUUGUCAAUUCUUUGUUAGUAUGAGUCCUCCGUGUCCUGGAUUUGCAUGGAAUGACUGCCAGCAGUGAAAUACGAUCCUAGCUAUUACUUGGUGUACUGCACUGCACAGGCUGCCUAGCACUCUGCCAGGAAACUAAGUAACAGAAAGCAGAGUUGUUAACAGUAGCUUUCGUCCUAUUGGCCUCCUCCAUGCAUACUCAAAGCAGAGUACAAACAGGAAGUGGAUUCCAGGAAGGGGAGGGGAGGCUGGAAUUUGUGGAUCACUCCAGUAUAUAAGGAGGAUGUGGGUAGGAUCAAAGCCAAACUAAACUGUAUGUUUAAUUUCUCUGGAACUGGAAUAUAUUAAACACUGUACUCAGAUCUUUUGCAAAGUUUAAGAUUUAAAAUAAUCCAGUAAAAAAUAAUACUCAGAAACAGCUGUAAAAUAAAUUUCAGUACCUAUAGCACGCAUUUUGGGGAUCAUGAUAAAUCAUGGUUUACUGUAAUGGGAGCAAGCCACAAUGAGUCUUAGGCUCAUUUGUUUUGGUCCCCUUUCGUCUAAAUCACCUUUAUAACCCAUGGUUUGAAGUUGAUUUGUUAGAAACAAACCGAAGUUAAUAUUAAUCACAGUUCAUCAAUGACAAGCUGAAAAUAAUUGGGGGGGGGGGAAUAAAUGUAAACGCUUCCAAUAUCCUCAUGGAUAUGUUGGUGCAAUAAAAGAGAGAGGGGAAUACACAAGCUCAAGGUUCACUGUAGCUCGUUUCAACAACAAAAAAUUCCAGUUUAUUCAACCAACUCACAAUCAUAUGUCUCUUACUUAGGAAAGUAGAACUGAUUCUUGUCCUUUCUUCCUGUUAAUAUUCCUGAGAAGUGAAACUUACUGAAGUGUUCCAAAAUGCAUAGCUUAUGUUAUGUGAAGGAAUAUAACAGAAGUUUUCAAACCGUGGUUUGUUGAAAGGUGGGACAAACUCAAUUUCUGCACUUGACCCUAAAAUUGAUUUUUUUUUUUCUUCUGGCAAUAAAGAUCAAGGCUCUUUUGACCAAGCCCAGGUUAACAAGCAUGCUAACAAGGCCCUGGUUUGAUUUUCAAACAAAAAAUAAGUGGUCCAAGACCCCAGCAAUGUUCAGUUGGUCUGCAGAGGGAAAAUUAAAGAACUACUUGUAUCUAGUAUAUAACAUACAUAUAUGACAAUGUUUCUUCCAAAAUAAAUUUAACAGAGCCAAUAAGAGGAAAAACAAAGCUUUAUAUUAUGACCACAAUCCAAAAUACACUCAUAAAGGAGUAAGUCUCAUUAAAUUAAGUAGGAUUUGCUUCUGAGUAAAGAGGCUUGUGAUUGCACUGCAUGUGUUUAAUUAUAUUGCAAAUUUAUCGAGAAAGCUGUGAAAUAAUAUAAAAUCCAUAUUUUGAGUAUAGGUGGGAUAAUCAAGAUAUUUGCUGGUAGAUUUUUUUAUUUUAACAACAUACAAGUUUAAAUAUCAAACAUAAUGUUUCACCCAAAUCUAACAUGAAAUGGCACAUGUAAAGUUCUUUAAAUGGUCAUGUGAUUCAUGCCAAUUCAAAUACAGUGGUGCCUCGCAAGACAAAAUUAAUCCGUUCCGCGAGUGUCUUCGUCUAGCGGUUUUUUCGUCUUGUGAAGCAACCCUAUUAGCGGAUUAGCGCUAUUAGCGGUUUAGCGGCUAUUAAAGGCUUAUCAGCUUAGCAGCUUAGCUGCUAAAAGGCUAUUAGCGGCUUAGAAAAAGGGGGGGGGAAGCGAAAAAAAAAUCUCAAGACUCGCAAGACAUUUUCGUCUUUCGAAGCAAGCCCAUAGGGAAAUUCGUCCUGCGAAGCAACUCAAAAACGGAAAACCCUUUCGUCUAGCGGGUUUUCCGUCUUGCGAGGCAUUCAUCUUGCGGGGCACCACUGUAACGUUAGAUACUCUUGUUAAGAACAAUGUAAAUUUUGCAGACAAUAAAUUGCUCCAUCCCAUCACAUUUUUCUCUCUUGUAGUGAAAAUGCAUUCUACUGCAGUGUUAGAAAUUAGCAAGGCAGCAGGUGCAUUUUGCGACUGGCGCAGGUCCAAUUGUGAUCACAUGGAGAUCUAUGGACACCAGGUUGGCAACUGGGGAAAGCAAAAUGUCACUUAGAGAAGGAUCUGAAAUAUUUUCAUUGAAGCUUCAAUUUGCUUUAUUCUGGAUUGUUUUAUUUGAUGUUUGUUGUAAUUUGUUGUAAACCACUUUGAUAUUUGUUAUUUAAAAUAUAAAGCAGUAUUUAAAUGAAAUGAAUAAUAAUGACAAUAAUAAUAAUUAACACCUCCCCCAGUGGCACCUAGACAUUCCAUUGUGGCGACCGUAACCUAGGUUUAAGGUGCCAUUUGAUGAUUAGAUUAUAUAUUUGAAUUUCUAACACUGUUAAGGAUUCCUAAACUGUCAGCACAAUCUGUUUUGUGUGUUUUGCAGAAGUUCAUUCUUUGCAUUAGAUUAUGGUAUCCUCUCUUUUGUAGCACUACUCUUCAUUGUUUUUCUUUCACAACUCUCAUGAUUUUAUAUUUGAUCUAUGUGGUUUUGCUAAUGUAAGAUACUGUAAAUACACAUUAUUUUUUGUGAGAAAGUAUCCUGGAAAAUGAGUGAUGAUGAUGAUUUCAUUUAUUAAAUUUGUAUACCACCCUUCAUCCAUAGCUCCCAGGGCAGUUAACAACAUAAAAUUACAAAAUAAAAACCACAAAGUACAUAGUAAAAAUAAGAACAACAGCAAACCAAAAAUGUGAAAGAUAUGCAGUGAGGAAAUCCAUCCAGUGUUUUAAGCAAUUACAUGCACUAGUACAGCUGUUAUGGCAUGAAUGUGAGAGCUUUGAUGCACGCUGGGAGUUCUGCAUGAUCAGAGGUUUUCCUAUUCACUUCAAUGGUCUAAUAAUGCUCCAUCCUCAUAAUCCUUUUGUGGAGGAUGAGCUCUAUACUGACUAUGAAGUUCUGUAUAGAUUUGUAUUGAAACUAAACCUUGAUCUUCUCCUUGUAUUGUUUAUACCAUAUAAAAAUAUAGUUUAGCAUUUGAAAUUUAUACUGAUAGUUGCUUAUAUUGUGGGACUCCAUUUGUUUAAUUAUAUGUAGCCUACACUUAGAAACUAUAGCAUCUUCCAACAAUUAAAACAGAAAAAAUAAAAAUAGUUUAUUAUUUUAAAAUAAUAAAACCACACAUCUAACCAGUCAGAAUCUAGCAACAUUUAGUUAAAAACUUGCAUAUACAAAAAUGAGUUCACUUUCAUGUGUUACAAGGAAUUGGAAUCAAUCCAUUAAAGUUCCCAGCUAGUAGGAGAUUGGAUCAGGCUCUCUUCCACGAUCUUAUAAGUAGAUAGGCUCAUUUGUGAGAAGAUGUAGUGAAGAUAUACCAGGUUUAAGCCCAAGUUGUUAUUGUACCAGGAAGGUAGUUGGAAGUCAGUGCCAUUAGCUUAAGUUUGCCUAUCUGGCAUAUGAUUCCAGUUAAAAGAUGGGCAGCUGUGUUUUUGCACACUUUUACAUUAACUUAGUAGUAACAAAAGCAUUGGCAGUGAAUGAAAUCUAUUCUUCAGAUAAGUGUAAAGUGGUACCUCUGGUUACGAACGCUUCAGGUUACAAGUUCCGCUAACCCUGAAGUAGCUGCUCCUGGUUGCGAACUUUGCCCAAGGAUGUGAAUGGAAAUCAUGUGCCAGAGGCAUGCACGCAGCAGGAGGUCCCAUUAGCGAAAGUGCGCCUCAGAAUAAGAACAGUUUCAGCUUAAGAACGGACCUCCGGAAUGGACCUCCAGUAUCACUGUAUAGCCUUCUUAUUAGGUUUGCCUGUGGGAGGAAGGGCAGGAUAUAAAUUUAAUAAAUAUAUAUAAUAAAUAAAUCUGGUAAAAUUUGUUCUUGAAUACAGCAUCCACUUGUAAGUCAAGGGUGUGCCUUAGAUCCAUGGGUAUCUGAUUCCGCAGGGAGAAUGCUAGAGAAAGGGUUCCUAGACUGCAGGACCACAUCGUUCCAGAUUUGUUUUUUUUGUUUUUCCUCCUCAUUCCAAAACUUUUUUCCAGAACUGAGGUCACCACUUGUAGAUGUGGUAAUAAUGCUGGAAAUCAGAAUAUUUCAUAUUUACCCUACUUGUGGCUUCAUAAUAUUUAUUUGUUUGAUACUUUUAUUCUACUAUGUAGUCCUAAAAGACACACAAAGCUGCUUAAAAAUAUUUGCACAAUACAAUUACAUUCAAAAAGAUUUGCACAGAUAAUAAAUUAUGCCAGGUUUUUUUGUCCUCAUUUUUUGUCUUCUCUGGUGUCUGAGGGUGUCCACUUAGGACCCCUGAGGUUAGUGAGUCUGAGCAGCCGGAUCUUACUCAGUGAAUGUUGAAGCCAACUGUGCUGGAAGUUAGCAGUUCACAUGCAACAGCUCUUACUGAGCACCUCUGAAGCAAGGGAAUGAGGCUGAGUUGCUGGAAGUCACUUAGCCCAUUAUGAAAGAAAGAGCUCCCACUGAGGACCUCUGAAGGCAAGUCUUGAUAGUAAUGUAAGAACUGUGUCCAUCCUGGUGCAUGCAGGAAAUACACAGGCAGGGUAUGAGGCAGCAGCCCUCUCCUAUAUGGUUUCCCCUAUCUGGUGUUCAAAUUAUAUCAUAGAAUCUUAGAAUUGGAAGGGACCCCAGGGUCCUCUAGUCUAACCCCCUGCAAUGCAGGAAUAUCAGCUAAAGCAUCCAUGACAGAUGACCAUCCAACCUCUGCUUAAAAACUUUCAAGGAAGGAGAGUCCACUCCAAGGAAGGAGAGUCUCCUGAGGGAGACGGUUCCACUAUCAAAAAGCUCUUACUGUCAGAAAGUUAUUCUGUAUGUUUAGUUGGAAUCUCCUUUCUUGUAACUUGAAACCAUUGGUUUGAGUCCUACCUUCCAGAGCAGGAGAAAACAAGCUUGCUCCAUCUUCCAUGUGACAGCCCAUUAGAUAUUUGAAGAUGGCUAUCAUAUCUCCUCUCAGUCUCCUCUUUUUCCAGGCUAAACAUACCUAGCCCCUUCAAUAAUUCCUCAUAAGGCUUGGCUUCUAGACCCUUGAUCAUCCUAGUUGCCUUCCUAUGCAUAUGUUCCAGCUUGUCAACAUCCUUCUUAAUUUGUGGCUCCCAAAACUGGACACAGUAUUCCAGGUGUGGUCUGACCAAGGCAGAAUAGAGUGGUACUAUUGCUUCCCUUGAUCUGGACACUAUACUUCUGUUUAUUUAUUGCAUUUCAAUCUUGCCUUUGUAGUUCUGAAGAAGUGCUAAAGAUGUCUAGUGUCAAUAAUGAAAACAGAACAAACGGGGGGAUAAACCAUGAAAAAACUUCUUUAAAGAGAGUAGCGACCAAAUAAUAGAAGGCCAAUAAAAUAAUUUUAAAAGCUUGGUUCCUUUUUUAUGAACAGCACUGAGUUUGCUUUUGUCACAGAAAAGCAGGAUAUAAAUGUCCAAAUAAGUAAAUAAAAUUUGAGUAGCAGAUAAACCACAAGUUCAUUGAACUGUACUGUUUUGGAACAUGAACAUUUUAUAUAGUCUACUUUCCAAUUAAAGCAUGAUCUUUCUGAAGCAGUUUGUAGUCCUAAAAUAGCAUAUUAAACAUAAUUUGCAAUCAUACAACACAGAAAAAAUACAAUAGAACAUUGAUAAAAAAUAUAACAGCAUCUAGUUCUCAUAAUUUAAUAUAGAUAUGAAACAGUAGAGAAAGUUGGAGCCAUAAGAAAGUACCCUUAAUACCUGCUUAAUUCCAUUGGUUGAUCCACAAAGUGUUUUAACCUGUACUGAUAGAUCCAAAAGAAUAUGCAGGAAAAUUUCCUUUUGACCUUCAAAUGAAGAUCAUCAACCAAGACUACUAAAGCAAUCUCUGUCCCAUGGCCAAGCUAGAAACUACAGUGGCGUCAUUUUCAAAAGCAUUGGUAUUAAUAUUUUAUUGAAAAGGUUUCAAUUAUAAAGUAAUAAAGUGAUGCAUAAAAAUAAAAGGCACAAAAAUGUGUAGAAAAUAUAUAUAUAAGAAAAAACAUCCUCACCCAUACAUUCUUUUCAGCAAGUACCUGCUUGGGACACCAGCUGAAAGACUGAAUUGUAGGAUCCAAAUUCAAAUGAUUAUUAGUAUAUUAAAACUAUUUUUCAGACUCAUUAUUGUAUGUAGCACCUUGACAUCUGGUUGUGAUCUUUAGGUGCUUGACCCAUGAGUAGAGUUAGGUAUUUUCCAAUCCGUUUAUCAGUGAACUAAUUUCACUGGACACAUUUCUUCACCAUUUUGGGACAAUCUUCUGCCAUGCACACUUAAGUCGUCUCCCCUGCUCUCUUAGCUCUUUUUGUCGCCCAAUAAAUAAAGGCAUGCAGCCCUGCUAUGACAUAGAGAAAUUUCAUGGUGCUGCUGUAUUUAUGCCCAAGGUCAGUCUUCAUUGCAGAGGCGAGUAAGGCCAACUGCACAGAAGUUUAUUAAAUCUCUCAGAAUUUUGGAAAACAAUUAGAUCUAUAGGUCUCCAGGGAUAGGCAAACCUAGCUCACUUCCCACUCGGGGACCACAAAUUCUGUGUGGCCUUGGUAUCUAAUCAUUUUCUACAAGUCAGCUGUGAAGUAUAUUCCUUCUGUGAAUGAUAUGGUGCACAUUUUCAAAACAGAUACAGUUUUCAUCAGAUGGAAUAAAGCUGUGUAUUAAUAACUUUGACUUUUAUAAAGAUUAAUACUUCUUAAACUUUUAUUUUCAGUCUGUUACCCAUUUCAUGGGUUUUGACCAUUUCCUCUCUUUAUAAUAUUUAAGGCUGGCCUCCUCUUCCUUCUGCAACUGUAUUACAGAAUUAUUAUUAUUAUAAACAAUAUUACUUUUGUGGUGUGGACCUCAAAAAUAUGUGAGUAGUAUGGAUUUUGAUCAGUAAGGUCUUACCUACCUGUUCUGUCCAAAUAGAUACAUUACAGAAAGGGAAGGAGAGUAAAGGAAUAUAAAGCAGGCAUGGCUCAAAAUAGCUUCCGCAAAAACACCUCUGUACUGUCCUGCUAAAAUAUCAAGUGUUCACAUGGAAAAAAAUGAUGCAUGUCAUUUUGUAACAGUAAAUAUCUUAUAUGGUCCUUGUGCUUCUGGACUUCAAAUAUUUUUGCUUGUGGACCUAGUAUUAUAAAACUGUAGGAGGGAUACUUUGAAAUGGAUGUCAGAUUUCAGUGUGUUACUUGAGUGUGGUGUGGAAUACAUAGGUAUUAUUUUCAACUACUGUAGCAGCUGGAAGAGUAAGAGUUAACUACUGUACCACAUGUAGGGAAGAACAGUCUAUUGAGGGUUAAAUUACAGAGUCUAAUGGAAUAAUAACUGGUAGCACCAUCUGCUGGCCUACUUCCGCAGAAGGAGUCAGUAUUUUUAACGACAUCUCUAAUAUUCAUGCUGAUGCAUUUUGAUGCUUUGUGCAUUCAUUUCUUUCUGUGUUUUGUUGGAAUCUGGCUAUCUGCUUACAGCUAUUGUUGAAAUUCUGCUGUUCCAUGGAGGUUGACGGUUUCUCAUACAGUAGAUAAACAGAGGACUCUUGCUUGUCAAGGAAGGAAUAUGUUGAUAAUUCACAAUGUGUAUUUGUGGAAGGUUGUGUCUAUCCUGGCUUUCGGCUUACUAAAUAGGCCAUUUAGCAAUCUUCUUUCAAUGCUUUUCUCUUGAGCACUACCUCGGGUGGUGAAAAAUCAGAGGGCAAGCCUUUGUCUAAUGCCAAAAAUGUCUUCAGUGAAGAGGCCAAGAGGAAGGGUAAGUGAAAGCUUGAAUGAGUGGGAGGAGGAGGGGUUCUUUGGGCUAAAAGGCUAAUGGGAUUGAAUAACCUUCCUUAUUACUGGCUGCUGCUGCGGGAGUCGUGCUGCAUCGCCAUCUUGAGCUUGUUGCUGUUUUCUCGAGUCUUGGUGAUUUGUUGUAGCCUGCAGGCCUUGAGGUGGCAUUUUACUUAGCUAUCAUAAACCCUGCUUUCUUCUUCGUGCUGCAGCACUGCUGUUAAGCUUUGAUGAGGCACGUAUAGAAAAAUGUAUCCAGUAAAGCGAACUGGAUCUGGCCUGAAAAUGUGUUUGGAAAUUCCUGGCUUUCCCCUAUGCUGUAGUCAGAGGCACAUUUAUGGGUGAGAACAUAGCAGAAUUGUUAUCUGCUUUUUUUGUCUGUUUGGAUAGGAAAUUCUUUCCAUUCCUUACGUUUGUUUUUUUUUAAAGCUGUCCUCCGUCAGAUCUUCGAGAGGCUGCUAUAAUUAUUUGUGCUAGAAACAGGAAUUUCAGUGUGCGUACAUUUAGAAACAACAACCAAACAAAGGAGCUGUUUAACUGUUUCCUGUGAUCAGUUCUACAUGAAUUUCUAAACAAAGGGUAUUUUUUGUAACUAAUUGACUGAAAUUGUUUUAGCGUUAUAUGCCUAGUUUACCUGUGAAAGCUAAUUUGGCUUAAAUAUAUUACAUCUGAAUGUUGAACAUUGUAUUAUGUACAGAUUUUGCUAUGACGUUAACUUUUAUGUUAUGUAAGUUUUUAUAAAUUUGCUUUUGUUUCAUCAGUAUAUGGUUUCUGUAUCUGGCUAGAAAUUCAAGAUUUAUAAAACAGUAUUUUUUAUGUAUAAACAUUCUUUUUACAUGGGAGUUGUAUAGAACUAUUUGGCUUAUCCUGAAUAUUUUUUUAAUCAGUGUGCCAUAAAUAAAAUGUUUUAUUACAUUUAAAAUACAACUUAAAUGGUCACAAAAAAUUGGUAACUGUAUGAUGAAAAUUCUUUUAAAUUAUGUUUAUAUUUUUAUUCACACUGGUGAAGGGUGAGUAGGUUGUGAAUGUAGAUUAAUUUUCAACUGAAGUGAGAUAGCGCAUAAAAUAUGGAAGUAAAAAAGAAGGUAAACAGUAAAAUGGAGAAUGUGAGUAAAUGCAGUUGGAACAGGAGUUGUAUUAUGGCCCACCCUCAUCAGUACAUGAAGACUGUAAACUGGACCCUCCCCAGGCACAGAUGCUAAUUUAGUGGACACCCCCCCCUUUAUUUUUACAAGGUUGUGAACAAUUCAGCCUAUGAAAAUCUUAUGGAUAGAGAAUUUUCACACUAGACAAAAGUUUUUAGAAUUUAGAAGUUACAAUUUUUAAAGAUUUAUAACUUCAAACAACACCAUUUUUACCUUUUACUUUUCUAUAGUACAGCUGCCAGCUCUAUUAAAAUGAGAGAAAAAACUUAGAAUACUUCUUUGAGUUUAACAUUUAUAUGUCUGUUUCCCAAGCCCCCUUUUAUUGCACAUGCAAAGACCUGGUCUAAUACACAGUAAUGUAGUAAUUUUACUAUAACUUAAAGCUACAGUAUCCCCUCGAUUUUUCUAAAUAUUGUCUGUGACAAAGAAUGUCACAAAGAAUGCAGAUAAAAAGUUGGAUAGCCCCCCCCAUACCCACUCAGGAAUACUAUAGCUUUAACAGAUGGUGUUUUUAUACUGACUUCUGUAUGAUUUUAUGAUAGAAUGAAAAUGUUUUAUUUUUAUUGCAUUUGCAUGGAUUAUCUAACUAUAUUAUAUGUGAUUAGGGCUUCAAUCUGCAGCAUACUUAUUAGUAAGCCUUAAAGAACACAGUAGAUCUUAUUUUAAGUAUAGAUGUGUAGGACUGUGCUGCAUGACUGCAGUUAGACUAUGGAAUAAGCACUGGGACUAUCUCCUGAGUAAACAUGUAUAAGCCUGCACUGCAAAUGUACAGUAUAAGACAACACAUUUGUUUCAGAUGAAUAACGUAUAUAUAUAUUUUUUUCUUGCAGCCUCCUUCCUCCAAGAAAACAGAUGGUUCUGGGACAUAUGCUAAGUUGCAGAAUACCCAGGUGAAAUCUAUGUCUGAGAAAAAACAGAAAAAAAAGGUGGAAUCUGAAAGUAAGCAGGAGAAAGCUAAUCGCAUAAUAUCGGAGGCAAUAGCAAAAGCAAAAGAGAGAGGGGAGCGAAACAUUCCACGAGUAAUGAGUCCAGAAAACUUCCCAAGUGUUUCAGCAGAAGGAAGAGAGGAAAAGAAGGGCAGGAAAGUUAAAUCAAAACCAAAAGACAAAGAAAGCAAAAAACCCAAAACUGGCUCUUCAUCCAAAACUAAAGAGAGAGCAAAAAUUGGGUAAGUGGGCUAACAUUCUGUUGUCUGACAGUUUAGCAUCCCAACCAUAGCCAACGUUUAUGUGGAACUUGAUUUCAGCAGGGCUUAUAUACAAUAAAACAUGCAUAAUAUUGCAACCUGGGGGUAUUUGAAAGAGUUGAGAUAACACAGAGAGGAUUUUUUUUUUUUACAAGGGUUGAGUAAGUAGUUAGAUAAGUUCUAUUUUUUUUAAAAAAAAAACUUAUUGUGAGAGUCUAGUUUUUCCUGGGUCAUUGUAUAUCACUGCAUGAAAGCAAAAUGCCCCAGGAACUCUUAAGCUACUGCAGAAAGUGUUGGAACUGCUAAAUGUAGGUGGCAUAUCUGCUGCUGAUUUUUAGUCCAGUUCCAGUCCUUAUCGUUAAUAUGAGAGAUAAUACAAUAUUUGAUGUAUUCAUUCUUAAGUGAAGUUUGCAUGAAGCAGAAUCCUAGGAUCUGUGGUAUUUGCAGUCUCUGCAGCUCAGACUGGGCAGGAAGAUACCCUGCCAACAAUUUAUUUCAGGUCCCAUUUGUUUUCAUAUAUAAUAUCCUAGCCUUAAUCAAAACCAUUUUGGGCUGGCUGGCUUUGUAUAUAAUAUGCAGGAUGUCUCUGUGUGCAUCCCUUACUGCAAAGAGCUUUUGUUACUACAAUAUGUUGAAUUCAGUUGUUAGAACUAGGGUAUUCUAAUAUAGUGUAUUAACUUAAAACUUUCUCUUAUAUAAUAAUUGUGCUGUGGGAUAAUUUUGUAAGCAUUUUGGCCAUGUGUUAUGAUCAAGUGCUAUAGUUCUUAGCAUUUCUCAUAGCAGUAUUCUUGUAACAAUUGGCUUCUACGCCAAAUAUGUAUUGUCCUUUGCAGUCCUUUUUCCAUUGCUGUUGUGCACCUAUGUGUGUGUGCAGAUAUAGAUAUGUACUGUAUAAUGUAUUUGGGUUUUGUGGGUUUACUUGCACAGCUUGGAAUGACUGUUGAUCCAAAACUUUUAAACAAUCAGAUGGGUUGAUGCUUGUCUUCUCCCUGGGACCUGCAGGGUUCCAUUUCAUCAGUGCUUGUGUUCAAAAUGGAAUUGAGGAUGCUACAUAAACUCUUGGAAUGAGGGGCCACAAUGUCAUUGAUGGGUUUCAUCCUCUGAUCAAGCUUCCACGUUUGAGUGCUUAUGUAUUUUUUGCAUUGACUGAAAUGUCAUAUAGCGGAAGUGGACAGAUAUGCUUUCCAUCUGGUAUGAAUUCUGCAGUCCUUUCAUUUACAUUCCUUUUCAACAGACAUAGCUGUGUGUUUUUUGUAAACUACACUGAAAGAAAGAAUAUAGUGAAAGAAUUUUUUAACCAAAUAGAUUUAAAUUUGAAGUGUUUAUAAUAUUAUGUAUGUUUUUAAAGAAAAAAAUCAACAUUGAGCAUUGAAUAUUAUUUUAGAAUAGUGAAAGCUUUUUAAUAUAUACUUUGUUGCAUAGUUCUACACAGGCUAUCCUUAGGCAGAGUAAUAUUUCUGACUUUUAACAGAAAAAUACUUAUUCUUACUAUUUAGUGUGUAUUUAAGUAUAUUGAAUUGUAUCCAACUAAAUCACACUCAGGUAGUACCCCUGAAAGCAUUGGACUUGAUUUAGCCAUGACUUGAACUCAUCAUGUUGUCUUCAAAAUUGUACAUACUAAUACAAUGUCAGGAAGAAUGAAAGGCUAGACAUUUUUAUUGGUUGUGGAAUAUCCAAUGUAUAGUCCUGCCUUUGUCUUCUUCCAUUCUACUUGUAUAUAUUUUGUCAUAUUUCUUAUUUUGCCUGGAUUAGCCUUCGUAUCUGCUUCUAUCAAGCACAUCCCUCUUAUUUAAGAAGCAGUUUAUUUAUACAGUGCCAUCUAUGUACAUGGUCCUUUUCAAAGAACAAGUUUGACAGAUAACACCCCCAAAGGGCUUAUAGUUUAAAAAUAGAUAAAAGGGAAAUGGAGGCAGGGUAAACAGGGAAAAUAUGUAACUAUUUGGGUUAGACUUUGUUAAAGGACAUAAGAUAGUAUGCCUAAAUUCUUUGUCAUAACCCACUUAUGCAGCAAAGCUUUCCUUUAACUAAUCUGAAGUCCCUUAACUGUAUCUUCAUUGCAUUUCCAGAACCCACUAAACUUCCCCAACACAUAGCUGUUGCCACAUAGUUCUCUCCAUUCACUUAUAAAUUGUUGAUCUAAUGCAGAUUGGAAGCUUUUCCUUCCAUUUUGUAUUAACCAUUGUUUUAGCAUUUCAUCUUAAUUUGGACAAAGCGGCUUACUAAAACCAACUUCAAACUUUUAUCUAUGAAGCAGAAUUAUUUUCAAUACAUUUAUUUUAUAAGCCUCAACUUCAUCCAAAAAUGUAUUUCAGGGUGGUAUGCAUUGAAUUUAAAAUUUACAAAUACAAUAUAAAAUGUAAUCAAUAAUCCAUCAAAAUUUAAAGUAAUAAAAGCUAUCUAGUUGGCUAAAAAAUACUAUAUUUAAAAAUGCCUGGGGAAAUAGAAAUGUUUUCACCUGACAUUGGAAAGAAAGCAGCAUCUGUGCCAGGCAUCCUCCUUUAGGAAGGCAUUCCACACAGGGUACAAAUAAGGGCCUCUUCUGAUUAUCUUAAUGCAUCUGUAGGUUGGUUCCAGAAGAGGCCAUCCUUCAAAUAUUUGCAUCCCAAGUUGUUUAGGGCUUUAAAGGUAAGCACCAGUACCUUUAAUUGGGUUUUGUAGUGAAAAUGGAAGAAAUAAGAGUUCCUUUAGAAAUGAUUUAACUUGCCUCUGCAUAAAUCAACCAGGACCCUAGUAGCCAAAUUUUGUUAUAGUUGAAGUGUCUGAACUGUGUUCAAGGACAGCCCUACAUAUAAUGCAUUACAGUAAUCAAACCUAGAAUUUACCAGAGCAUGGAUCAGCAUGGUCAGACUGUCUUAGUCUAGGAAAGACCAAAGCAGAUGAACUUAUCACAUUUUAGGAUUUGGACAAAACACCAACCUGUGGUUAAUUGAAAAUAGAAGCAAAAGCUUCCGAUAGCAUCCUCAUUACUACACCAGUAGGGGAGAGUACAUACCACUCAGGGUCAUUCCACUAUGUUAUUGUUAUGUGUGAAUGAGACCUAAUUGCUGUGUAGGACUUAGCACAAUGUUGCUAAUUUGGUAAAUAUUUAGAAGUUGUCAGGGGUGGCUGGUUCAUAAGGGGAAAGGGGGCCGUUCCCCACCAAGAGCAGCCAUUGUGCCACAGCAGACCCUGGUUCUCUCUUAACCCCAGAGCUUCAGCUCACUCUUCCUCUCCACUUCUCUCACAUCCUAAUUGUUCACUCUCUGCCUGUCUUCCAGCUUGGAGUCUGCAUUACUAUGACAUAGGCAGGCCUGCCCACACACUUCUCCAGAAAAAAGGGAGAAAUGGUAACUUAUUUCAAAAUUUCCCAUAGGAGAAUCUUGUUCCAUUGAAACACCUAGUCAAUCAGGACAAUUAUUUACUGCAAUUUGUAUGAAGUGAUUUGUUCCAGACUGAUGCCUGCACCCAAUUCACUGCAAGAACUUCAUACCAUUUCCCUCACCAGAGUGGUGUCCCUAGACCAAUCAGAAUUUAGUUAGGAUGCUUUCAGCCAAUCAUGUUUUUGCUGCAGUACUGUUCUGAGAGAGAGGCUUAGCUAACACAUCAUUUUGGAGACUGGACUGAAGUAGCAGAAGGAACAGGCAGAUUGUGUUGUGUUGGUGGAAAACAGAGGCAGAGAACUGAGAGGCACAAAUACAAGAUGGGUGACACCUGGCUUGAGAGCAGUACAUGUGAAAAGGAUCUAGGAGUCUUGGUUGACCACAAACUUGACAUGAGCCAACAGUGUGACGCGGCAGCUAAAAAAGCCAAUGCAAUUCUGGGCCGCAUCAAUAGGAGUAUAGCAUCUAGAUCAAGGGAAGUAAUAGUGCCACUGUAUUCUGCUCUGGUCAGACCUCACCUGGAGUACUGUGUCCAGUUCUGGGCACCAGAGUUCAAGAAGGACACUGACAAACUGGAACGUGUCCAGAGGAGGGCAACCAAAAUGGUCAAAGGCCUGGAAACGAUGCCUUAUGAGGAACGGCUAAGGGAGCUGAGCAUGUUUAGCCUGGAGAAGAGGAGGUUAAGGGGUGAUAUGAUAGCCAUGUUCAAAUAUAUCAAAGGAUGUCACAUAGAGGAGGGAGAAAGGUUGUUUUAUGCUGCUCCAGAGAAGCGGACACGGAGCAAUGGAUCCAAACUACAAGAAAGAAGAUUCCACCUAAACAUUAGGAAGAACUUCCUGACAGUAAGAGCUGUUCGACAGUGGAAUUUGCUGCCAAGGAGUGUGGUGGAGUCUCCUUCUUUGGAGGUCUUUAAGCAGAGGCUUGACAACCAUAUGUCAGGAGUGCUCUGAUGGUGUUUCCUGCUUGGCAGGGGGUUGGACUCGAUGGCCCUUGUGGUCUCUUCCAACUCUUUGAUUCUAUGAUUCUAACUACUACAAGAUAGGAGGACUGCACUUUCUGUUGAAUAGAAAGUUCUCCCCCUACACCUUUGUUUCUUCUUUUCCCCCUUCUAAUCCUUAGACUUGCUCUCUCGUCACCCUAUGUCAUCCUCACUGUUUCUUCCCACUCCUAGACUCUUCCCCUACUUCAAUCUCUCUCCUUCUCUCCCAGCCCCCUUAAACUUUCUUGUGUUUUUGUCUCUAUUCCAAGUGUGCUCUAUUGUGGCAUUCACCUUUAUCAGCUGUUUGCCCUACGUUUUGCUCCAUCAGCCGCCACGAGUAGUUGUAUGAACAGAGAGAAAUUAAAGAUAAUACUAGAAUGGGAGAUUGAAGUGUGGAGUAUGACUGUGUCUGCUUCAAGCAAGUCAUCCUUAUCAUCACACACAGAGAGAGAGAAAGAGAGAGAGAGGUUUUUCUUCACUGUGACUACAAGGAGAGUGAAAGACACUCCUUACUCAAUAUAUAGUCUUAGUCAAACUGUGCAGUGUUGUGGCAGAUGCUUCAUUGUGAGGUUGAGAUAGCAAAUGUUAGUGAGCAGCCUCAUAGUCCUAACAACUUAGCUGAAAGUAAUUUCAGGGCAGAUAACCCAAAUGACAUGCUGGGACAGAUACAGGAAUUAAAAUGGUGUUUGGUCAUGCCGGCCAUAUGACCCAGAAAGCUGUCUGUGGACAAACACUGGCUCCCUCGGCCUCAAAGUGAAAUGAGCGCUGCAACCCCAUAGUCGCCUUUGACUGGACUUAACCAUCCAGGGGUCCUUUACCUUUUUUUACCCUUACUUCAGUGAUGUAGGCCAGUGAGGAGGAGAAGUUCUCCUUGUCCCCAGAACUCAUAAAACCUUUGUUGUCAAAGACCUUGUAGACAACAAAACUGAUUUACCAAGUUUCCAAAAGAAAAUAUUGAUAGUGUGCAGAUCCCCACUCCAUAAUACUCAUGUCUAUAGUUAUAAUUUCUGUUGCUGUGGGGAAAAGUAUGUAUUCCACAUGUUUAAGGCGCCACAAAAAACAAGAUUCUUUAUGUAUUCUGAUUUAUUUAUUUAUUUAUUUAUUUAUUGAAUUUCAUUUGCACCUUUCCUCCCCAAAUGAGCUUGGGGCAGCAGUCACCAAUGUGGUAAUACAAUACAAAAUUCAAUAAAAUCACUUUUAAAAAGUAUAAAUACAUUUUUUAAAAAAAUGUGCUUUAAAUGUAUGGCAUAAUCAUAAACACUUCUGUUUUCUGAAACAAGAAGCAUGCUUUCUGUUGUUUUUGGAUGCACUGCUAGCACAUUUGCAAAGCUAAGCAGGAACCAUGUGUUGAGAUUCUUGUAUUACAGGGCAUUGGACUAGAUGACCCUUAGGGUCCAUUCCAACUCUGCAGUUCUAUGAUUCUUUUGGCCAAGCAAACAUAAUCCUGAAGGAGGCAUGCCUGCUGCCCACCAGAAAAAGCCAAAUGUCUCUUAAGAGAAUUUUUGCCACUUACAGUUUGGUCACAUCCACACCAUACAUUUUGUUCAUUUAUUCUUACGUUCAAUUUAUAUCCCACCCAGGGGAGCAAACACAUCUAUAAUUAAAACAAUUUUAAGCAUUCUAAAAAUAAUUUAAAGUAUUCCUUCAAUCAGUGAUUUCAGCAUUACCAAGAACAGUAUCUUUCAGCCAUCAAAUGCCUGGGAAAUAGGACUAUUUUAAAAUACUACGUCCACCUGAAAGUGAGGUAAACAAUGAGGGCAUUCCACGAACAGAGAAUUACCAUUGAAGAGACCCUGUUGGGUCAGCACCAACUUGACUGCUUCCACUUUUAGUUGUUACCCCUACACAGCCUACCUAAUAUUUAUUUACUGCUUCUGAUGUACAGCCUUAACAUAUUCAUGAUUAACCCUGAAAAAGAUGUGUAAUGGUGUAGUUAAAAUCAACAGUAACUGUGAAGGGAAAUGUUAGUACUAAUGGCUUAUCAUAGGCAAUGUCCUAUGCUGUGUUGUCCUUAAUGAAGCAUACCUUUAGACAUUGGUUUGGACUUUAUGGUAUUCAGGUACAUUUCAGAAUUAUGAGUCAUAAAGUUGGCAAGAUGAAUCAUGUGCAAGGUCUGGCUGCAGCAGCUGCGUAAUGAGAAAAGGAAAAAUUUCUUUUUAAAUGGGGGUUGGGGAGUACAGAGGAUGAUGGGGAUAUCUGCUGUUUGGUGCAUAUUUUCAAGUCGGGAUUGUUUUCUGCUUAUCUGUUUGCUUUGUUAGUUAAUGGAUUUUGUGGUAUGGUUAUUAAUGCAUCUUAGUGUGAGUACUGAUUUUUACGGUUUAUUAUUUAUAUGCAUGCUUUGGAAAGAGUGGGUGGGUGGGUGUUCAAAUGCCAGGCUUUUGACUUGUUCUUUAUAUGUAUAAUGUUUUGAUUUGAUGUUCAGUAGCAGUGAUGUCCAAAAUAUUUUUCUCCUGAUGGACCUUGCCUGGCUCAGGAUAGGAGUUCUUGAGUGAAUUCAUCAAAGGCUAGGAACAAACAUAAAUGUUCUCUGUGUUAGUCAUUGUACUGCUAAUUGUCCUUUUAAAAAUAAUUAUAAAAUAUCUUGCAAUCUGAGUUUAUAUACUGUGGAUAUGAAUUCAGGCAGAGGUAGAGAAGCAAGUUGGUCUUAAUGUGUCAUGUUGCACAUUUAAAUUUUGGUUUUAUGGAGUUGCAUAAUUUUACAGUAGUAAGUUGGUGACAUUAGCAAACAAUUUUCUUCAAGGCUUUUAUGAUCACAUUAAUCAGAGAUCCAAUUAGGUUUUCCAUGGGUUUUGCCUAGAGUUGUCAUACAUCUGCUAUGAUUCCUUCAGAAUAUCCAACUAACCAAUGAUAGCUUUUUGUUUAAUUUGAGGGAAAGCACUAAAUUAGUCAAUCAGAUUCUUUUCAGUAACCUUCAGGCUGCUAUUUGGGUUAAAGGGACUGUUAUCUCAAAAAACUUUACUGUGGGUUUCCUUAACUGAAUAAUGUUAAUACAAUAGUAAAUCUUCAGGCUCAUUGGUAACAAAAACUAGGCUUCUGUCAUAAAAAGAAAUGUAAUGGGCUUCCUGGAUUGCUAUUCAUUCUUACAAAUGAUUUGACGUUUAUAAGUGAUCAGUCAUCUCAGCCGUAUGUGACUUGUAAUGUAGAAAGCUAAUGAAAACUAGUGGUGUUGCUCUGGUGAAAUAAGAUCAGGGUGCUUUUCUUAAGAACUUGAAUGUUUAAAGGGAUCCAGAUAGUCUUCCUUAUUUCUGUAAUUGCUUCUAGCAAAUUAGAUGUUUUGUACAUGUGCCAUCUACAAACAAGAUUUUAUGUUAAUAACUUUUAAAUUUCAUAAGCUCAGUAAAUUGCUGAGUAAUAAUAAUGGGUGCCAUCUGAUCUAAAUUGUCCCCAAAGUAGAUCCAAUGGAUGUAACGUGGGCGGGUACCACUAUUUGCAUAUAUAGUGAUUGGUGAAUCAUUUCUUUAAACCAGCUUCAUUUAUUCAAUUAUUUCUUUUAAAUAUGAUACAGUUGAAAAUGGUUGAGUCACCCCACUUUCACUGCUUUGAAUUAUCUUCCAGUGGCCAGUCAUGUUUACUGUUUUUGAUGAAUAGUAACUGCAGCAAAUUAAUAAAGGCCAAUAUUGUUUAUAAAAGGGAUGGGAAAAGUUCUGUGAAGCAACAUAAAUUUCUAUAGUAAAGCAAUUCUGUCAUUGCUACAUAGUAUGUAAUUAUCAAAUCUACAUUAUGUAAAAUGUGCAUCUAAGGACAUCUCUUUAUCUGAAUUUGGGUUUGAUUGUAAUCACAUUGUGAUUAUUUUGAGAAUGCAUUGAAAAGCAGCACUUGUCAGACUUUAAAUAUGGAAAAUUAUAUGUAUUUGCAGCCCUCUGAUUAAAACCAGAUGGAAUGAUAUUAAUAUUGUUCCUUUUUCUGUAACCCUUUGAAUGUAAACUCAGAAAUAAUUAGCACUGUUGCAUUAGGGCUAUAAUUUCCCCUGCAAUUCUGUAGUCAUUAUCAGUUGUUACUAAUGAAAUGGUUUCUGUACUUCUCGAUGUUUCAAAAUUUCAAACUGUCAACUUGAAUAUAUUUUUUAGUGUGCUUACUCUGGAUUAUGUAUGAAAAUACUUUAGACUGAUGCAAUAUGCACCACUUAUAUCAAUAACUUUUUUUGUUUUGUGUGUUAAUAAUAAGCACUUCCAGGCAAUAUGUAUAGAUAUUAUUCUACAGUUGUCCAUUCUUCUACUAAAGUAAGAUUUUUUUCUGGAGAGAAAAAUUGAAAUCUCCUCCUCCGGCUAGCACCACAUCAGGAUUAGGAGGAAAUAUUUUAAAAUGUUGCAGCUUGACAGUGCAUCUUUGAUGUUAAAUACAGAAAACAUUUAGUAUCUUAAAUUUUAUGACCAGGCUUAACUUUGUAUUUUGUUUCAAAACAGCAAGAUUAUUAUUACUUUGGGCAAAAAGCAAAAGAGAAAAAAUGAGUCUUCAGAUGAAAUGUCUGAUGCUAAGCAGACAACUCAGCAGUCGUUCAAAGAUGAGACUUCUCAGGUAUUCAGAAAUUAACACUUUUAUUUUGAAAAUAUGCUUAAAACAUUAACUCAGUCCCCAACCUCUAACAGUUUGGUCAAAACACUUUCAAUAUUUGCAAUUCCACUGUAGAAAAGAAGAUCAAAUCGACAAAUUAAAAGGAAGAAGUAUGCAGAAGAAGGUGAAGGAAAACAAUCUGAGGAAGAAACCAAAGUUUCUGUCAAAAUAAAAAAGAAUUCUGCCCCUUUACCUGCUGAACAGCCUUUACAGUUAUUUGUAGUAAGUGAAACUCAUUAUUGGUGGGGUUUACCUCUUGCAGUUCUGUAGGUAGUGUCAAAGGCUACAUACACUCAAACAUGUUCAUAACACAAAAAGUUUUUCUUAAUCCAGAAUCUUUCGUGCUAAUUCUCAACAUGCUGCUUUCAGUCUGGAUUGAUUAUAGAUCCUGCGGUCUUUAAGAGUGGGUGUGGUUACUUUAUAUGCAUUUGAAAACCUACUCCUUGCUUAGGUUUUCCAAACCUUUUGUUCCCUGCGCAUUCCCCAGGUGAGGGAAGAAAGAAGUAGUGGUUUGAAUCUUGGUAUAUGCCCACCCCACAACAUAAUUGGGCAGGUGUAAAUACCCCUCCCCCCAAAAAACAAAAAUCUCCUGUGCUGCACGAUACAGCCAGUCUAUGACUUGGAAGACCAAUCUAGGAGCAAUCUAAACCCUAGGCCUGCUGGUAUCAGCAGUUUGGAACAGGUGGAUCUCUGUCUGACUCUGGGCUACUGGUUGUAUUCCCUCAUCCUGGCUCAGGCAAAGUCUCAAAGUCUCCCUCCAUCCUGGUUCAGUCAUGUGAUUUGUCAUGUGACCUAGCAACCUGGUAAAAGUUACACUGGCAAAAUGGGUAGAUAAAUCAAAAUAUUUUAAAGGCUUGUUUUCUCUGCUGGGCUCAUGGUGGCAAAGGUGGCAGUGGCCCCAUUCCUGAAAUACACAUAGCAAUAUAGUGUGUAUUUCAGAAAUGUGAACUAAUGAAGGCAGCAGUCCAUCAAAUUAUGUUCCUUGUAUUCCUUACUGAAAGAGUAGCUAUAUGGGAAUAGUGCAUGAUGCAUUGCACCAUAUACUCCCUCUCAGAUAAGUUUUCCUCUGUGGACAGAUUCCUUGUAUGGGUGGGAACUCAUAUGCAUGCUUAUAGGUCUUAACACCCAUAAGAAAUUUCAAUGGAAUCUGUACUAUUUUUGUGUGCCCGGAACAGUGCAUGAGCAAAGCUACCCACUUUGUGGAAUGAAAGGGUCUAUUUACCCUAAAGUGCUAUUAGGAAAUCUAAAUGUGUUCAUUUGUUUUGUGAAAUAUUAGUCCUAAGAACAAAGUAGUUUCUGUUCUAAAAUUGUAAGAAUUAAUAGCUCCAUAAUAAUAACAACUGUAGAGGGAGAUUGAAUAUAUUGAGUUUUAUUCAUUUGAUUUUUUUACACAUUUAUGUAUAAUCCUUCUCUGCUAAUAUCUGCACUCAGGACUGCUUUUAAAUGGAAUAUAGCCUGUUUUGUUUUUGUUUCUUUGCACCUGAUUAGGAGAAUCCAAGUGAAGAAGAUGCAGCAAUUGUAGAUAAAAUUUUAUCUUCCAGAAUCAUAAAGAAAGAAGUGAGUACAUAUGGGGAUAUGGGUUUAGGCUCAUAGUUUUUAAAAUGCUUUCAUAUAAAUGAAUCUUAAACAGAACACUGUGUACUCUUUCAGAUUCCUGGGGGAGCGACAGUGGAAGCCGAGGAAUUUUUUGUUAAAUACAAAAACUAGUAAGUAUUGCAGUUAUGUUAUUUAAGUUAAAUUACAAGUUUGAGACUAUCAGGCUGGCUGACAGUUUCAAGGGCUAGGUAGAAGAGAUCUGUACAUAGUGUUCGUUCCGGACCCCCUCAUUUUCCAUGUUAGCAGCAUGGGUUCCUUGCAAAGCAGGGACCCCCAUCUACAAAGAGUAAAUAUUAAUUGGAACUAGGGAGUUACACCCCUGCUUGUAAAUGACGACUGUAAUCGUGCUUUUUGCUUAAAUUAUUUUUACUGUUCUAAAUAUGGUUCUAAAAUGAGAGAAUGCAAUUGUACGCAGGUACUUUGUGGUUUUAUUUUAAAGUUCAGGCACAGAGAAAUAAUCAUAUGGAGCAUAGUGUAUUAAAAAUAUGACCAUCAUUUCCCUUCGAAGGAUUUACCUAAUAUUGCUAAGGGCAUGUGUUGGAAGAAAUAUAACAAACUGCUUGCAGCAAUGUUCUAACAUAAUGUUAUGCCAUUCUAGCUCCUACCUCCAUUGUGAAUGGGCUACUGAACAACAGCUUUUAAAAGAUAAAAGAAUCCAGCAGAAAAUCAAACGUUUCAAGCUGAGGCAAGCACAAAGAGCCCAUUUUUUUGCAGAUGUGAGUAUGCGGGAGGGAAACAAAAAACUACAAAGCUAAUUAAAUACUUGAUUAUCAGAAGCCUACACAUAUUUUGCUGUUUAGUAUUUUGUUACAUUCAUGUACGUGCGUGUUCUCUUUCUCAUUUUAAUUAUAGACAUUAAACAGUAUAAAUGGGUUUGUAUAUUAAAAAUAGUGAAAAUGCAAUAUAUUCUUGGGUAAUUUUAGCACAUAAUGCUGAUCAAUAACUUUUCUGUUCUCUAUAGUUGGAUAUUAACAGCAAACUUCAACCCACUAUUAAUAUACGUCAGUGCAAUUUACAGUGUUCUGGAAUUGAACCAUGCUAUGCUGUUAACUAGAUCAAUUAAUUCAUUAUAAAAUAUACUCAAUUUCAGAUGGAGGAAGAACCUUUUAAUCCCGAUUAUAUUGAAGUAGAUCGUGUGUUAGAAGUGUCCUUUUGUGAAGAUAAGGACACUGGAGAGGUAUGGAUAUAACCAAAAAGAAUCGUAUAUAAUCUAAGGCACACGUUUUGCAGCAUCUAUCAUGAUCAUUUUUAGAGUAGUGUGUGCACUCACAUAUAUAUGUAUGACCUGUGUUGUAUAUAUCUGUGACCAUGUUCAAAUUCUAAGCUUCCUUGAGCCAUAACAAUAGGACGGAGUAAAAAAAGGGGGGGGAUAAUGAAAUAACCUCUAUAAUAUAGGCAUGGUGAACCUCUGACCUGCAUGCCAAAUUUGGCCUGAUACAAACUCCAAUUUGGCUACAAGGCCAUUUCCCCAAAGCACACACAUGUGCCCCGCAUCAAAGUCCCUACACAGGGAACUUUGAGACAUGGGUUAUCUGGCUGACAUUCUGACACCAAUUGAUUGGCCUAUGGAAAUGGGGACAGAUAAAAAUCUGGCAAAAAAAAUGUUCCCCAUCUGUUGCCUAAUGUAUUUUCAAGCUUACAGUGUGGAAAGCAUAUAGGAAUAAUUAACCAAAAGGUUGAAACAUCUUACUAAAUUGAGGCAGCAUAUAUUCUUUCGUAUUUUGUUAAGUCCGACUAAUCAUUUUCACCACUACAGCCUGUUACUUACUACUUAGUAAAAUGGUGCUCGUUGCCAUAUGAAGACAGCACAUGGGAGCUGAAAGAAGAUGUAGACCAAGGAAAAAUAGAAGAGUUUGAACAGCUGCAAGCUUUAAGACCUGAUUCAAGGCGGUUGGUAAGGAUAAAUCAUUUAUCUCAGGUGUGGUUUGUUGUCGGUAAGCAGAGGUGCCAACUUGUGCAGAAGGUGAAGGGGGACUGAUGACAUUUGCUUGAUAUUGGGAAGUGUUGUCAGGAUGUUGAGAGGAGCAAGGGGUGGAGCCCAACACAGCAGCAUGGCUUCAAUGGCCAGUGGAUCCUCCUCUCUCGUGCUUGGCCUCCUCCUCAUCUUGCUGCCACCACUGCUGGCCAGGGGCUCCUUCCCCUCUGCGGCAGGAGGAGGAAGAGCUGGCCCCCAAACUGCACUGCGCUCUUUUCUGCACUCAGCCUCCUUCACUCCCUGAUCGUUCUGAGCAUUGGGGGGGAGCCAAAAAUUGGGGCCCAAAAGAGCUGGGAACCUAGGAGUUGGCACCUAUGUCAGGAAGAGUUUCCACUCCCUCCCAUUUACAUGUCUUGAGCCAAUCCAUCCUCAACUCUUUUAGUCUGUGCAAUAUACUGGACUGUGUGCAUAACCCCUGAAAGAAUGUUUCACUUCAGUUUCUUUUUUCAGGUGAAUAGAGAGCCAAAAAUGUCAUUUAUGUUAUGCUUUAUUCCUAAGGAUCGACCUCCUUCUAAUUCAUGGAAGAAGAUAGAGCUGUCCAGGGAAUAUAAAAAUGGCAACCAACUCAGGGAAUACCAGUUAGAAGGGCUCAACUGGCUACUUUUCAACUGGUAUAAUAGGUAUGUGUUCUGAAUUAAUUAAAUCAAUUUUUAUGUUAGUGUUGCUUCAAAAGUAAAUAGAAACAAUGAAACUAGGAAAUAUUUGUAUUUGAAAUUUGUGUCAAUGAGCAGUCUAGUUUUCUUACCUUUUGGCAUGUGUUACUUAUUUAAUGAACUUUUAUUUAUUUGUGACUUGGAGCAUAUGUACCCCACUCUACAGCUAAAAAAGGCUCCCAUAGUGGAUUACAUACAGUCAGUUUAAAAAGACAGUCCCCACCGCACAGGCUUACAAUCUAAAAAACAUAACAAGCAAAGAAAAAUGACAGAGAAGAAAGAGGAACAUGAACAGAUCUACAUUUUUAAAAAAUUAAAAAAUGCAAUGGUAAUGUAUUACUAGCAUAUUGUUUUUAAGUGAAGACAAGUCUUUUCUGCUGGAAGCUCAAUAACACAAUAAUAAUAGAUGUGGAAGAGAGAUAAGAGUAAGACAAUAUUUAAUCUAUUACCAUGCAGAAAUAUCGUACCUAUAGGCAGUAUACAAAAUUCAAGGAAUCAGGUGCUAAAUCACUACUCAUUCUUUGCCCUGGGAAACAAUGCAAAGAGACGCUUCAAAUCUUUCUUAUACUUAAACAUUGACAGCCAUCCUGAAUAUGUGUUCUUCUAGCCCUGCUAACAAUGUUCUUGUGUUUUCAGACAAAACUGCAUUUUAGCAGAUGAAAUGGGUCUUGGCAAAACCAUCCAGUCAAUAACAUUCCUGUAUGAAAUCCUCCGGACUGGUAUAAGAGGGCCUUUCUUGAUCAUAGCUCCACUUUCCACCAUAGCCAACUGGGAAAGAGAGUUCCGCACAUGGACUGAUCUUAAUGUUGUGGUAUAUCAUGGGAGUAUGGUUAGCAGGCAGAUGAUACAGCAGUAUGAGAUGUAUUUCAGAGAUUCACAGGUAACCUUCUAUUUUGUCUUAUAGCUAGUAAACCAGUUUGAUUUCUACAUUUCUAACACAUAGUGUUAUCAUUUUUUGUGUGAUUUAUGUGAUUUAUGUAAUUGAGAAUCUGUUUAGACCCUCAACUUAAUGCACUAAAAAUGUCAGUAGUAUAUGUAGGCAUAAAAUUAUUCUGUUUCUGUAUAUCCUGUCAUAGCAAAACAUGUGGAUGGAAAUUUGGCAACCUGAGACUGCCAUUAUGGUGGUUGUACAUGGGUGGAGAUAAUUGUGGCCUUGUAUUCACCCUUUCAAGUAUUGUUUCGCUUGUUCAUUAUAUAUUGUUUCAGAAUGUGCAGCUUUGGCUUCUUUUUUUAGGUUUCAUUUAGGCUUGGACACCCAGCUUUCCCCCACAUGUUAAACAACAUCCCAGUUAUGCAAGCACAAUUUCUCCCUCCAGAAGCAAUGGAAAGGUUCUAGAUAAUGUCAUAUAUUGUGUUCUGUUCAUUCACUCUUCCUAGGGUCGCAUCAUUAGAGGUACAUACAAGUUCCAGGCUAUCAUUACCACAUUUGAAAUGAUUCUUGGUGGCUGUCCAGAACUCAAUGCCAUUGAAUGGCGCUGUGUUAUUAUUGAUGAAGCACACAGAUUGAAGAAUAAAAACUGCAAACUUCUAGAGGGGCUCAAACUCAUGAAUCUUGUGAGUGUUUAUUUUUCAUUUGCAUAUAUAGCCCUUAAAUCUGAUGGGCUUAUGGAGGCCAAGUUCUCAAUAGUUUGUCCAACUGCUUGACCUUCAAAAGAUGUAUAAAUAUUUUAUACUUCUAAAUCAGGGAGUUGUAUGCUCCUACUUUCACAACGUUAAUGUUGUUUUACUACUCUGCUUCCGCAUGACUGUAAUCAUUAGAGGCUAAUGACUGGGCAUGAAAUCAUGUAUUUGCAAAUACAAGCUAGUUUCUCCAGCACUAUAAACCCUUCAAGCUAUCUACCUUGUAUAUAGCAUGUCAUUUGUUUUAUUGUUUGAAUUCUUAACACAUGCCUUGUUGCACUAUGAUGUAAAUGUCUUUUUUAAAAUGUAAUUUGUAUUGCUGAAAAAUAUAAAUAAAAUUUAUUUCAUAAAAUAAUCACACUUACAAUAACAUACCAUAUUUUCACUAGAGCAUCUACUAGUUUUAAAAUGUGAAAUUCAGCUGCAAGCAUUAAAUCACUGAAAGUUUGAAAAUUCCUUAUAGCAGUAAAAUUUCAAAGCAAUUUAUAAAAUGUGCACAGUCUUAAAAAACAUAUACCUACAUGCUAAAAAAAACCCAUAUUUUUGGUAUAAUAUUGACAGUGCAUCUUCUCUACACUAAGUACUAGGGGCAGGAAGAAAUACUUCAGUUUAAAAGAAUGGUUGAUUAAAUUACGUAGCUUACAGGUUUUGAAUAAAAUUACAUAGGGUGGAAUUCAGUGCCACACUCUUCCGAUUAUUCUGCCUGCAAAAGCAUUUCAGUUUGCCACACAAAAUGACUCCCCAUCUCCUCCUGUGCACUGUUCUGGAGAUUCUCCCCACCGCUGCUUCCAAUUGUGGGUGGUGGGGGUGGGGAGAACCGAGGAAAGCCCUGCUGCACAAGCAGAAGUCCUUGUUCAAGGCUUCCACUGACUAGAUUUGUUAGGUGACUCCCACCCAUAGAUUUUCUGGGUGAAGCAGGAAAUUAUAGGACCAAACAAUUUGAGGGAGAAUGGAAGACAUUUAGAAAAUAACAAAAUUAUUUACAGUGUGUGCCAGACAAGAAUCCCUUUCCAUAAUGAUCUAAUUCAAAUACUGUAAUGUAAAUAAAGCUUAGUGUGUAUGUGUUAUUAUUUUUCCUUUGUACUGCAUGCUUUAGAUAAUAGUUCUAUUUUGGGGUCAAAAGGAAUAGAAUGUUGUAACAGUUUACUAAUAUUAAGAUAUUCAUUAAAAUACACAAUGCAUGAAAACAGCUCUGACUUGUCCACAGUUUCACCAGCAAUCCUUACAAUCUUUAUAAAUGAUGUAAUGUAUUAAAGGCAGAAAAGUUAUUACAAUGCUUGUUUAUCAUAGGUUAUUUUAUUUCUAAAUUAGCAUAUGUGCAUUGUCUGUAUACUUCCUCUCAAAGAUUCAAGAUUGUGCAUAACAUACCCAGCUAUAUUAUAGACAAUCAUGCAAAAUGUGCAUCUUCUAUAGGAGCACAAGGUGCUAUUGACAGGCACACCACUGCAAAACACAGUAGAAGAACUUUUCAGCCUUCUUCACUUCCUUGAACCUUUGCGCUUCCCAGCAGAAUCGACAUUCAUGCAAGAGUUUGGAGACCUUAAAACAGAGGAGCAGGUAUUUUAAACUUUUUAUUAUGUUACAUUCACACACAGGCCUUGUUCACAUGUCACAGUAAGUAAUACUUUGCCUUAAAUCUUGGUUUAAUCAUGAAUGUGCCUUGCCCUUUUUGCGUGCAUGCAUGCACAGCUUCUCUCCCCGCUAAUGACUCAAACAAGCCAUAGUAUGAUUUGUUGGGUCACAGCUCCAGAAUGUCAUUUGUUCCAUGAUCUAGGUUUGGAUGGAACAUGGGCGGGGGUAAUAUGUUAGGGGAGCAGCUGGACAGUGACACAUACAACAGUGGGGAAGCACAUUGGUAUGGUUUGUUGUGAUGUAUGAACCAGAAUACAUUCAAAAAUUAGAAUUUAAUGGGCUGUUUGUCCAGUAAUGACUAUCAGCUCAACCAUAACAGUAAAUCCAACUCUCCCAUCUUUAUCACUAUUUGAACUAAUGAUAAGUAAAUUGAAAAUGUUGUAUCAGCCAUAGUAUUGCUACAAUUCAUGGUGGCUGCAAGCAAAUAUGCAGAAAUAAUAUGAAUUUGAAUCUAUACAUUAUGUACAUUCUUACAUGUGUAGAAUCUGCAUUCUUAGCUAAUUAAUGGAGGAUAAAAACAGGGGAAUCACAUUUUAUUUGGGAGUUAGAAUCCAAAGCCAGAGCAUAAGGCAAAAAUCGUAUAUAGCCCAAAUUACCUCCCCAGUCUGGCUGCAAGGUACCACUACUUGUUUGCAGCACCUUCUUCAGUCCCUGUGCCUUCCUCAAGCAGGAACUGGAUCAGUGGAGGAGGGAAAGAGGCUUUCCUGCUUUCUAAGUGCUAGCUGCUGGCUACUGGGUGGCAAGGGUAGGGAAGCCUUUCCUGUGUCUCCACUGCCUCCCCCCACUUCUCCAUGAGUGGAACUGACCAGCAGAAGAGAUGGAUACAGAGAUAAAUGAAGGCUGAGAGAAAGAAAAGCUGGAAUGUAGCCACUUUUGCAGGUGCUGCAUCUAAGCACCUAUAACUGAGUCUGUGUAACUUAAAUGGGUGUGUGAUGUGACUGGUUAUAUAUUGGUUAGGAUCUGAAGUGCUACUUAGUUGCCCAAGGCUAGAGGAAUUUUUUUACUGUGAUUCUUUAAAUAGCAAAACAUGAUCAAAGUUACAAAAGAGUUUUAGAAUUUUUCUGCUUGCCAGUCAUCUUGUGGAACUGCUGAUAAGAACUGUAGGACUGAAAACUCCUUCAGUGGAAACCAUGUUCUGUGCUUCAAAUACAGCUUAUUGGAUUAUUAUAAAGAGAGCUAGUUAGGAAUCUGGCAAAAUGCAAUGAUACUGUUAAAAUGAAAUUAAGCUGCUUUCUUAGCUAUGAACCACACCACCACCACUUCAACAACUCAAUCCAUGCGUCUUGUUUAAGACUAAGCUGGUUCACGUUUAUGCAUACAGAACAAUCCUAAAGCUGGCCAAUGUCAGGUGAAAAGGCACUGGCAACAGUGUAAGUGCUGCUCCCUUGGCAGAGAGGAAGCCCCUCAUAUACCUGUGGAAAGUGUUAGAGUUUGAAAGGGGCAUGUUGGGGGCAGAUUGUGGGAAACCUUGGAUCCAUGGGAUUCACAGCCCCUUCAUUCUCCCAACCAAUGUGCCCCAGAAUAAUGCAGAAAAAACUGCUAGCUCUGGAACUGCUGUAUUAUAAUGAUUUUCGCUCCCUUUAUAAGCUUAUGGAAUGUAGCAAUUUAUAUAGGGUUUCAGCUAAUUUUUAUUUUAUAUAGGUGCAAAAGUUGCAAGCUAUCCUGAAACCAAUGAUGCUGAGAAGACUGAAAGAAGAUGUAGAGAAGAAGCUGGCACCAAAGCAAGAAACUAUUAUUGAAGUGGAAUUAACGAAUAUCCAGAAGAAAUAUUAUCGAGCUAUUUUAGAGAAAAACUUUGCAUUUUUGUCAAAAGGUGCAGGCCAAGCCAACGUACCCAACUUGGUUAACACUAUGAUGGAACUCAGGAAAUGCUGCAAUCAUCCAUAUCUUAUCAAAGGUAAAUGUAAAAACGUUAAAUUUUACUUACUUUAGGCAUUUUUCUUGUGAUGUAAAAUAACUCUUCCCUUGGAGUUAUAAUUUGGAUACGGUUUCCAUAUUUCAAACAGUGAAAAUCCGGACUUCUCUGUUGAGCCUUUUUUUUUUUUUUUUGACAAAGUGGUUGAACUUUAUUCGCAAAUUUCCCCCAAAAAUAAAAUUAGAGCUAUUUUUAAGGAAAAUUGCCAAAAACAACACUGUCGACAUGGGUUGCCGUAUGUCCGGAUUUUCCCAGGCAUUUUAGUGAUUUCUGCCUGGACACUGCUUUCGAAUGCAAUAUUCCAGAUAUGUCCAGGAAAUUCCAGACGUAACCCUAAAUUAGGAUGAAUGCUAUAAGGGUGGCCAUAGUGAACUGCUCUGAGACCUGCAGCUAUAGGGCGGUGUACAAAUUAUAAUUAGAACAACAAUAACAAUUCAAUUAUUAAUUUCUCGUAACAUAUUUUACUGGAGGAACAGGGGAAUUUCUUCGUAUUUUUAAAAAUUGUGUAUAAGUGCUUUUGAAUUUAGUUGCAUAUGCUAUAGUUUUGAAGGUGAAAUGUAAAUAGCCACAAUGAGGAUCAAGUGUUACCAUGAUCAGUGUCAAGGGAUGGGGACUGAAAAAUGAAAAACAAUGUGAUCAUAAAUACUGUUAUGAAAUGUGUAGCGUAUGCACUCACAGUAUUAUGAUGUGCACUUUGUAUCAAAGCUAUAUGAAAAUGUCAAUAUCUUUUAGAAGAAGCAAAUCAUACCUACUUUAUGUGACAGGUGCUGAGGAAAAAAUCUUAGGAGAGUUUAGGGAGACCUAUAAUCCAACUGCUCCUGAUUUCCACCUGCAAGCAAUGAUCCAGUCUGCUGGAAAACUGGUCCUCAUUGACAAACUUCUUCCAAAAAUGAAAGCAGGGGGCCAUAAGGUGCUUAUUUUCUCUCAGAUGGUUCGCUGUCUUGAUAUCCUUGAAGAUUAUCUGAUACAUAAAAGGUAUGAUACUAUUCAUAGUGCAAAUAGCCAUAUUAAUGGUAUAUUAAACAGUUUUGAAUGGACUUGGUUCAUUCAUCCUUGAGUCAUCGUACUGAGAUAUCAAGUGAUAAUUUGCUUUUAAAUUACUAGUCAUGCACUUCCUUGCACUACAGUUUCUGGCCUGAUCUUGCACAGCAGGAGAGGGAAACUUUUUUUCCUGUUGAUGGCCACGUGGGACUAAUCUGUUGGGAACCAUAAGCCUAUGGUGGCUGGAACCAGAGCCAAAAAUGAGCAGGGCUACCUUUCUGCCUUUCUCCCAUUUUCUGACACCCCUCUCUUUGAGUGGGCUGCCAGGAGCAGUGUAUUUUUUCCUUCUCUUCCCUCAGAUGCUUCUCCCCUGCAUCAAAUUAGGCCAAGGACCAUAUGCAGUCCUUUCAGUUGUAGGAUGCCUGUCCCUCCUCUUCCUUCUUUGGCGAUCACUCGUAGCCAAAUAAGAUUGUCUUCCAUGAAUAUGGUUUUAAUGGUGUAUCCGUAAGUGACUUUGGAGGCCAAUUCUGGAUCCACAUGUCCUUUCACAGUGGGGACAUAGGUUUCCAAGCAGGAGUUGAUCACGGUGAGGGUUUGCCUUCCUCUUAGCUCGCUUCUCCUUUUUGUCCUGAGUUCGUGAUUCUUCAAAAUCCAUGACACCUUUGGUAGAGGCUACUCCAAUUGGAGCACUGUCCCUGCUAUACCCCAAGGCACCAGCACAACAGAGCCAUAAGUUUAUGUAUUAAAUAACACGUAUAAUUACCUGAUUUUUAUUUUAUAUAGAAAACAAAUAUAAACACAAUGUUAUGUCAGCUUCUCAUAAGAAAGGGGCUAAAAAUAACCUCUGCUCCAGCAGAGGUUCCUUUCAUCAUAGAGAAUUUCAGAACUCCAAGUCAGUGUGGUUCAGACUCCACAUUUUAAUGACAUGUCCCAGAUUUCCUCCACCAGACCUAACCUAGCCCCCAUAUGCAGAGGGACCAGAGAACAGUUCUGAUUCAAGGCCUCCUCUGGUUCUUUUUUCUUACUUGGGCGGUUUGGGCCAAGGAUACCUAGGAACAUAAUACCAUUAAAAACAGCCUAGUCAUAGAAUUUCUGUUUCUGUCCCCCAGUUCUGAGCCUUGAAGUCUACUGAAAAACUAUUAUUUGGCAGACAAUUCACUACUUAUUAGAAAUAAGGAACAGAGAUCCAGUUCCCCAGAAAAGAAAUUAUCCGCUGUCUGCUCUGUGUUCUUCAUUGUCUUCAGGAAAGGAUGGAAAUUAAAUUCUGGAUUUGAAAUAUGAAAACAAGUAUAUAACAUAAGUUCAGGAUGGAAUCCUCCACCGAGGCAAUUAUAAUUGGGAACACUACCAAAUGCAGCCAUGACUGAACUUUAGGCUUACCUCAGGCCAUUGAAUUUUCGACAAACACUGCUUUCAAGGCAGCUUAUUUGGAUGACCUCUUUAGGUCCUCAUCUGGAGCAGGACAAACAAAGAUUUGCUCCAAGCUAACCUCCCCCCCCAGACGAUGGCUUCUUUAUCUAUUGGCAAAGGAACGAUCAAGUUCCUUCCAGGAGGCUCCAGUGCCUUGAUGUUCUUAUCUUAUGAUAUCUGAAUAAAGUUUUUCAACUUUCUAUAAUGAAAAUACCGUAUUUUUCUGUGUAUAAGAUGCCCCCACGUAUAAGACGCCCCCUAUUUUGGGGGACUGCAAAUUAAGAAAACACCACUCAGCACUACCCGUGUAUAACACGAGACCCAAUUUUAAAUCUGAUUUUUUGGUUAAAAAACCCUAUAAUCUUAUACAAGGAAAAAUACGGUAUAUGUGAAUAUAUAUUAAAUGCCCCAAGAAAUUUAUUGUUGAAUGCUUAUGGGGAUGGAAUUUCACAUACUUGUUAAGAAUUCUAUCAUUCAAAGCAUCUGAGGAGUGAAAAGAACAUUGUUAUGUUUUACUGGUUCACCUGAAUAUGGAUUGUAUGCAUUUUAACACACUUUCAAGAUGGUGUGUAAUAGAAAACCUGACCAAUUGCAAUGUAGGCUCAUUUGAUUAAGACAGUAGGAUAGUAGUAUUCAGAAGUGCAUGGUCAUACUUGUAUUCUGGUUUGCGAUUAUAGCCUUUCUUUAAUGGCCUUUUUUUUUUUUGCACUUCAAAGGUACCUGUAUGAGCGAAUCGAUGGAAGAGUAAGAGGGAACUUACGUCAGGCUGCCAUUGAUCGGUUUAGCAAGCCAGACUCUGAUCGGUUUGUUUUCCUUCUCUGUACCAGAGCUGGUGGAUUGGGCAUUAAUUUAACUGCAGCGGAUACUUGCAUAAUUUUUGAUUCUGACUGGAAUCCUCAGAAUGAUUUGCAGGUAAAUAUAUUUGAGCAGUUUAGCCUUCUGCCAUAGGGCUAAAUACCUAAGAAACACCUACAAAUGAACCUACUUCAUCUGAUCCACAAAGAGAGAGCAAGUAUGAACAAGCAGGAUUGCUUGCAGGUGCUUGCUAACUAGCUAGGUCAUAUGAGGAGAGACAUUCUUAAAUCUGCAGUGGGUUAAGGCCAUUGUGUGUACUAUUAAAUAUAUUUAAGCAAACCAUCUAUCCAGCAGGAUCUAGGCAGCGCUUGUUGGCUGCCAAUACCAUAUAUCUUCUUCAAGGAAGGGAAUCUUGUCCUGAACGUGGCAUUGUGCCUCUAAAACACAAAUUGGAGAUAAGAGGAAAUCUCUUCCUCACUUUUCCAAGUCCAUGCUUUGUGUUGGGAGAGAGAGUGGAGGACUCUGUGCAAUGUGAAAACAAGCCGUUUCCCCCUCUAGGUCUGAGCUAGUCAUAAGGAGUCAGAAGUUUUCGGUCUUGUCUCUGCACUUGCUGGAUUCUUCAGAUACCCAGCAACAGCAUAGACAAAAGAAGCUUCCAGUUCCAAGCUGUAAAGUAUAGAUGGCAUGGUGAGGGCUUUUCGCUGAUUGUUAGGUGCUCCAAACUCCUGAAAAGUCCAAGCUGAAACAGGUCCUAGGCUUUCUCUGAACUUUAGAAUGUGGUUCAGAGGGAUCAUCCCACCUCCUCUGUAGCUCCAGGUUUCAGAGGAAACUUGAGCCAUGCCAAACUAGUCAGACACUGUCUGAGCACUUGCCAUGGGGAGCAAACUUGUGAAUCCCUGCCAUACAAGGUAGAGAAAUACUCUAUAAUACACAAAGCUAAAGUCAGUUUGUAUUGACCUUAAUUUUAUUUUUUAUUGUUUUCAUUUACAGCUUCAGUUUAAUUGUAUUUUGUUUUAACAAUGUCUAAGUAAUUUUAUAUUUAAGUAAUAAUAUAUCAUUAUAUUACAUUUCUACUUGACAAUCUGUCCAAUGGAUUCAUGUACCUUUUUCUCAGGCCCAAGCUCGUUGUCAUAGGAUUGGUCAGAACAAAGCAGUGAAGGUCUACCGACUAAUAACUCGGAACUCUUACGAAAGAGAGAUGUUUGACAGAGCAAGUCUGAAGCUUGGCCUGGAUAAGGCUGUCUUACAAAGCAUGAGUGGAAGAGAAAAUAGUGUUGGUGGUGUAUGUACCCAUUUUCCCCUCUUUCCUCUCCUCCAAAAAAAAUAGGAAUUUGAAAUGGGUUUUUAUUUUUGUAACUGUAUCAUUUACUCAAGAGAACAGGGGAACAGUUCAAAGCUUAGUCUGAACGAGAUCUUAAAGCUUUGCACCACUUCCUAGCUCUCUGCUUUUCUAUCACCCCCACAUAAAGUCCUGUUGCUUUUGUAACCAAUAUAUAACCAAAGAUUGGCCAUGUUGUAGAGAGAAUUCUAUUGUUUGAGACUUUAGACUCUGUUGUUGGAUGGAUGAUCUUAAGGAACAGGUAGGCAAAGUAUAGGUUGGGAAUCCUUGAGAUAGUUUACAGUGUAUACAAUAAUAGGAUUUUGAUACUGUAAGAGACUUUUUAAAAGAUAACAAAAACAAUACACUUAAAGUAAUUAUGUAUUGGCUGUAGUUACAUACUUUGGAAAGGAAAACCAGUUUCUGUCAGUAAUAGCAAUAUUUACUGUAAAACUAUUUUUUAGAUAUCCAGUGGAACUAUUUCAAAAUAUAACAAUUAUAUUAUUCCAUAUUAUCAUUUUAAUUGAGCAUUUUUAUGUAUCCAGCUGCAUUAAUAUCAUAAGAUUUACCAUUCUCUUUUACAUAGAUUCAACAACUUUCUAAAAAAGAAAUUGAAGAUUUGCUUCGAAGAGGUGCAUAUGGUGCCAUUAUGGAUGAAGAGGAUGAGGGUUCUAAAUUCUGUGAAGAAGAUAUUGAUCAAAUCUUGCAGCGUCGCACGAAAACAAUUACAAUUGAAUCUGAAGGAAGGGGCUCCACAUUUGCUAAGGUAGUUAUAAGCUCUUCUGGUGUCCUUUUUACAGAACACAGAGAAAAGCAUAAGCAUCUAGAACAGUCCUCUUAGAAGUUAACAGAUUGUGACUGACUUAACUGUUAGGUUAAAAUACCUAAUUGAUAGGCUUCACUUAAAUGUAGCUGGUGUUUUUCCUUCCUUGAGAGCAUGUGGUACCUAGUCUGUGGUACUUGAAACUGAACAAAUAUACUGGUGACACUUUAUAUUGUGCUGUUACAGGCUAGCUUUGUUGCGUCUGGAAAUAGGACAGAUAUUUCAUUAGAUGAUCCCAACUUCUGGCAGAAGUGGGCCAAAAAAGCAGAAAUAGACAUAGACACCAUCAGUGGUAGAGUAAGUAUGAUUUAUUUAUUUAUUUAUUUAUUUAUUUAUUUAUUCAUUCAUUCAGGCUCGAGUGUUCUUUUAACUGUCCUAUUCACUUUGCUUGCUUUUUAAGUUGAGGCUUAUUGUAGCAGUUUUGAUCAAAUCACUAUUGGAGAACUAAGUUAAGUUCUUUGGACAGCAGUAUCCUAACUAAAAACAUUUCCUCCACUAAAAUAGUAUAUGUAGACCUAUGCUUAGUAUUUUGUUUACUCAAAGAACUAACACCCCCCCCAUCAAACUUGCCUUCUGUUGAUCCUUGGAGGUAUCUGGAACUAGAUUGUGUCGAAAGGAAAACAUAUGUUUAAAUAGACCACAAACUUGAUCUAUGAAAGCUUCAUUACCAAAAGGAUACAAAUUGUGUACUAAAUUUAAAAUAUCUGUUUUGGUAGUCUGGAGCAGAGAUUUUCAUGUUGUGUCAUGAGCUUUAAGUGUACUUUUCAUUACUUGAGAGAAAAUAUUUUUGAAAACUGCAGUAAUGUGUCCUGUCUACCUGAUCAUUGCUGGAUGUUUCCUUACCAAUUCAUAGAAUUGGGAGUGGGAAGUGACAGAAAUGUUCUCUCUAACUCAGCAAUUAUUGACUAUUCUGAUCAUGGAUCAGGAAUGUCCUAUCCUAUGCUGUAUUUGAGUGUUCGUAGUUUUCUUGAAAUGCUACCAUAUCUACAGUUCAACAUGCUUUUGUUGAUAUAGUCAGUUGAAGCCAGUAGUAGUUCUACUCAGAAUAGAUCCAUUGAAAUUAAUGGACAUGGUUAAAUGUUGGUUGAUUAAUUUUAGUGGGUCUUCUCUCAGUAUAAUUAUGUUUAAUGUAGUGAGGAAACCCUCUUGACAGUGUCACAUUUGCCAGGGAUUUGAUAUAUGGCAGCCUCAGAGAGGAUAUUCUCGAUAGACAUUCUGAUUGUGGAACUGUCUUGCCCCUCAAAUAUGGUUGAAGCAUGCCUUACAAGCUCUAGACACCAAGAGAAGACCUACUUAUUCACCCAGGCUUAGUUGAAUCUCUGAUAGUGUACUAUGUAAAUGGUUAUUUGUCAGUGCAUUUCUCUUACUGUUUAUUGGGAGAUAGAUGCUAAGAUUUGUUGUGUUUUAAAAUCUUGCGUUUGGAUUAUUUUAAAAUGAAAAGCUGAUUGCAAAAUUUAUAAAAAACAAGUAAAAUAAUAAAAUAGACAAGGAUGUUUUGAUGAAUUUUAUCAUUUUGUAUUUUGAAAAUGCUCACUUCUGUUGACUCAGAAUAUUGUUACAUUUUACAGAAUAGCUUGGUUAUUGACACUCCUAGAAUUAGGAAGCAAACAAGGCCUUUCAGUUCUACAAAGGAUGAACUUGCUGAGCUAUCUGACAUUGAAAGCGAAGGGGAUGAUAAACCAAAACUUCGGAGGCCUUGUGACCGCUCCAAUGGAUAUGGAAGAACAGAAUGUUUUAGGGUGGAAAAAAACUUGCUAGUUUAUGGGUAAAAAUGUUUUUGGUUUCUUUGGUGUAAAGAGAGACAAAAAUAUAAAUAAUAAAAUUAUUAUUAUUUCUUAAAUUUCAUUUUCUGUAUGUAUGAUGUCCUAACUUUACACUUGCUAUUGUACGAGAUUCCAGCAGUUUAGUAGUGAUGCUACAGUACAGUUACAAUGUAGUAUUUUGUGGCAAUAGACAUAAUGACCAAAGUGCUUACUUAUUGAUCAGCAGACCUUAGGAUCAGGCCAUGUUGCUUUUUCUAUUGCGGUCAUGUAAAACACAUACAUAUAAUGUUACUAUAGUUCUUCUCAUAAAGAACUGUAUUAACAAAAUGUGCCAUAACAUAUGUGUAAUAGAAUAGUAGUUAUAAUAGCAAAGAGAAAAUCUCCCUGUGGAUAUGUUUAAAUAUUUUAUAGAUACAGAAAAACCUGUGAGGGACCAAACUAAUGCUCACAGACUCACAGAUUUGCAUAAAACUAGUGGCUUUCCCUAUUAGCUUGCAGGAUGAUAAGGGGAGAAAACCUUAGAUUCUCAAAGCAACACAAAAGGGGAAAGUGUUAAUGCAUUAGAAAUAUAAAAUAUAUUUUUACCUCUUAACACUUUGCAGCAAAACAUUCUAUAAGUAGUCUUAAAGAUGCCAUUUUUGUUUAAAAUGUUAAACUCCAGUGUUAAUCUCUAAACAGGUGGGGCCGUUGGAGAGAGAUUUUAUCACAUGGGCGAUUCAAGAGACAAUUGAACGAACAGGAUGUAGAGAUAAUCUGCCGAGCCCUUCUAGCAUAUUGCCUUGUCCAUUACAGAGGAGAUGAAAAAAUAAAAAGUUUUAUAUGGGACCUUAUUACACCAACGGAGGAUGGGCAAACUCGAGAGCUACAGAAUCACCUAGGUAAGAAUCUGUAAGAGGACUAUUUUUUGACAUGCUUGUGAUGAAAUUAAAGACUCCUCAAAAGUACUGAAGCAUGAUACACCUUGUGAAAUAAAAUGGGGGAAGAUACAAAUGCAUAUAUUCUUCUUCUAAUCUCCUAUUUUGUGGCUUUGGGGAGAAAAACAGCUGGUGGAGACCAUUUUGAAUGCACUAAUGUAUGGGAAGGGUUAAAUGACCCACUCCAUCUGAAACCGCAGCUGCUUUACCUUGGGGAACGUUGAGAGUAAUCAUGGUAUUUUAUUACAUGUAGGUCUACCCUCUUUUGUCGUUUAGCAUUACUGUUUGAAUUAUCUACACUUGCAAUGUUAAGGGAAAACAGAUAGUAUUCUCUGUCUUCCUGAAACAAGGAAGUUCUGUCAUACCAUGCAGUUGUUACAUUGUAUUUUCCUAUGUUGCAUAGGUUUGUCAGCUCCUGUCCCCAGGGGCCGAAAAGGAAAAAAAGUUAAAACUCAGGCCAGCACUUUUGAUAUUCAUAAAGCAGAAUGGCUUCGAAAGUAUAAUCCAGAGCAUUUGUUGCAAGAUGAUGGAUAUAAAAAACACAUAAAACAUCACUGCAACAAGUAAGUAGCAAUAUAAACACAUGAUUUAAAGUUUGUCUCCUUGAUGUACAAGUAACACCUUCAUACUAAAUGCUAAUAAUCUUUAUUAAUGUUAACAAGUGAGGUGCUAUGGAUUACAAAACUAGCAUAAUUGUAGUAGCCAUGUUGUAAACUAGUCUCUAUAUUUGUACAGUGGUUACACCUUGUGCAGAUGCCAAAAGUUGGAAGGGAGGAGGAGCAGACAGGAAGAGAGAACCUGUACAUUUUGGCAGGAGCUCUCCCUACUCCUGGAAAACAAAAAUUUGUGUGGGAUUUGCGGGGAAUGUCACCCUCCUUUGCCUUCCUCCAAAUCACAAAUUGUUUGGGCCUGACAGAUGUGCAUAUGAAUUGUUCUCAUGUUGCCAGAAACUGUUGGCAGCAAACAUGCUGCUGCAAGCCCUUAGUUAGCUGGGACUAAGCAUUAGGCCCAAAGCAUCAAGGUCAUUAGGUAUGGAGAAAGUGUGGGGGACUACUUUUACGGACUCAUAACCAUUAAAAUGUUACAGGUAUGUGGAGUGAUGAAAUUGGCCUCAAAAUACACUUGGAAAAUUUAAGGUUUUGUCUUAAAUUUGUUGAUAAUAAUGCUGAGCAUGUUUCCUAUAUAUUUCAAAAUAGUAGCUUGUUGAACUAAAAUACACUCUGCCCGUGGCUGAAGAAUUAAUUGUCUUCUGUGUGUUUAUGUUUAGGGUCUUACUUCGAGUUAGAAUGUUGUAUUACUUGAAGCAAGAAGUCAUUGGUAAUGAGUGCUCAAAAGUUUUUGAUGGAGUUGAAGCCAGGUACACCAUGUUGAGGCUCUUUCCUCUUUUCUCCUUAACUGUAAACUAUAAACUGUAAACAACUUUGUUUCUCAGAAUUCUUUAAUUGAGUUGACUUAACACCAGCUUUCUGGUUAACUAUUUCAGUGAAAUUGAUAUUUGGGUCCCUGAACCAGAUCAUUCUGAAGUGCCAGCGGAAUGGUGGGAUACAGAAGCAGAUAAAUCUCUCUUAAUAGGAGUUUUUAAACAUGGUAAGUGAUAGGGAUACUACUUGUUUCUUUUUCACAUACAGGUUGCUUGUCUCUUGAAAGAAUAUUAAUAAAUAUCUGUUUCUCAGGUUAUGAAAAGUACAACACAAUUAGAGCAGAUGCAGCUCUAUGCUUCUUGGAAAGAGUGGGAAAACCUGAUGACAAGGCAGUCGCUGCAGAACAGAGAGCCAAUGACUAUAUUGAUGGGUAUGAUUUUUUAAAAAACACUAUUUAAAGUGGAUCACCCUCCUUCAUUGAGCAUGCAAACAACAGCAGUGAUUCUGCAGUACUGUACAGAAAUUUGAGGUUAUUAGAACCAUUAUUUAUCGCUUGCAACGUUAAAUCUGGGAUGAGGAACCAUGUUGCUGUACAACUCCCAUGAACCCCUGCCAGUACGGCCAGUGAUCAGGCAUGAUGGGAAUUGCAGGCCUGCAACAUCUGGGGGACCAGAGUGUCCUCCAGAUGAUAAUUAUCAGGAUACAUAGAACAAAACUUUAAAUAAAAAUGUCCAAGUAGUUAAAACCAUAAUACAUAUUCUUUGUAGCAAGUUUUUUCUUCUGCAAAAUAAUUUAAAAUUUUCCAGUAGCUAAAACAAUUGUAUGAAAAAACACAUACUUUACAAGCCUGUGCUGAAUGUGUAUUUUUCAGAGAUGUAGAAGACCCAGAAUAUAAACCAGCCCCAGCAAUGUUUAAAGAUGACAUGGAGGUAAUGUGUUGUCAGUAUUCUUUUUUUCAGUUACACCAAAACUUAAGAGUUGAUGAGACUGUCAUAUUUGCCAUUGAUUAUAAACAUUUAUAUUGGUUAAAACAGUAGUUAUUUAAAUUAGUUUCUUGGCAACUUUUCAAUUAAACUAUAAGGAUUUUUUUUCUAUGGAGAGAUUUUGAGCCUCUUAAUUUAAAAAUGAAGUUAAAAUAAUCCAUAUUAAGAUGAGUUAUUACUAUUCUUAGAGUAGUCAGCCAUCUGCAAGAUGUGUGACUUGUGCUGUGUCUGAAUCAUGCCUCUGUUCAUUCUACUUUUUUUAAUUAAAAAAAUCUUUUUUAGGAUGAUAUAUCAUCACCGGGGGAUCUUAUAAUAACAGAUGGAGGUAAAAAAACACACCUCAUGAUCUUAAGAUACUACAGUGAAUACUCUUAUUUGUAUCACAUUAGAGCAAACCUGUGUUUUUAUGGUGGAAAAAACAGAAUCACCAGGAAAUUCUUAUGUUCCUUAAUUAUAGAUGGUCAGAUGAUUGAAGGGGACAAGCUUUAUUGGCCAACUCAGUCUGCCUUAACUACACGCUUGCGCCGCCUAAUAACAGCAUAUCAGCGUACUAGUAAGAACAGGCAAACCCAACAGAUACAACCUGCAUUUCCAGUCCAGGCCUGUGUGAUGCAGAAUCCAUAUGAAGAAGCUGCUUUAAAUCCAAAAAUGGCUGCCAAAAUUGAAAGACAACAAAGGUCUGUACAUGCUAGGCUUACCAGGUUUAAAAAGCUGAUCACAAAAAACAUUUUAACUAUUUUCUAGUCAAUCAUUCUUUGUGCUUUUGGGGGAAAGUUACUUAAUUGGAAUUAUUUUUCUUCUUGCUUUUCAAUCUAGAUGGACAAGAAGAGAAGAAGCUGAUUUCUACAGAGUGGUUUCAACUUUUGGUGUAGUGUUUGAUCCUGACAGAGGCCAAUUUGACUGGACGAAGUUUCGAGCCAUGGCUAGGCUACAUAAGAAAACGGAUGAGAGUUUAGAAAAAUACUUGUAUGCAUUUAUGGCCAUGUGCAGGAGAGUCUGCCGCCUGCCUUCAAAAGAUGGUGGGUUACUUGCUUAUUUUUUCCUUUAUGAAAAAUAAACAGGCAGCAAAGGUUACAACAACUUUUUAAUUUAAAAAGCUAAAUCAAAUUGUUCUUUGCAUGAAGCAGGAGAAAAACAAUAUAUACAAACAGUUUCCCCCAGCAUGUAAGAAUAGCAGUCUUUAUGUGGACAGAACUCUAUUGUAUAAGGUGAUAUUGACUAGACAAAAAUCCAUCAGACUACAGUAUUUUAUUGCAUUUGUAUAUUGGGUAGUCAAAAUGCUCAGCACAAUUUCCUCAAGCAGAAGGCAACAGAUACAUGUCUGUGGAGAAGGAAUUCUGCAGCUUAGCGACUGCCACAGAAAAUGCCUUCUCCUGAGCAGCUAUCCCCUAAACUUUUGAGGGUGUUGAAACUAUCAAGAACCCCCCACCCUGAGAGAGGCUGAAGGCAGGGAGGCAGUCUUUUGGAUAUUUGGUGCUGAAGGUAUUUAGGAUUUUAAAUGCUAAUGUGAGUACCUUGAAUUGAUCCUGGAAACUAAUUGGCAACUAGUGACACUGUUUUAGAACAGGGGUUAUGUGAGUUGUAAAUGGAACUUCAGCCGGUAUUUCGGCUGCAACUCUUUGAACCAGUUGAAGUUUCCCAGUCAUCUUCAAGGUCAGCUCCAAUUAGAGUAUGUUACAAUAAUCAAAUCUGGUAGUGACCAGAGCAUGGGGUAUAGUUUCCAAGUAAUCUCUGACCUAAAAAGGUAGUAGCUGAUCAACCAAAAGUUAUAUUAAUACUUAAUACUACGUUAGACAUUCUAACCUCCUAAAGAGUGCUGUUAUUUUAAAAGUUUAAUUAUAAUUCCUGUUCUUCGAGUUGCUGAUUCUUGUGUGUGUUUCCUGUGCAGAACUUGUGGAUCCCAAUAUUUUCAUCCAGCCAAUUACAGAAGAGCGUGCCUCUCGAACCUUGUAUCGCAUUGAACUUCUCAGGAAGGUGCGAGAACAAGCUGUCCGUCAUCCACAGAUAUUUGAGCGAUUAAAACUUUGUCAGCUUAAUCCAGAUUUGCCAGUUUGGUGGGAAUGUGGGACUCAUGACUGGGAUUUACUGAUUGGAGCUGCAAAGCAUGGGGUUAGCCGAACAGACUACCACAUCCUUCGUGAUCCUGAACUUUCAUUUAUGUCAGCCCAGAGGAACUACAGUCAAAGUAAAGUAGCACUUCCAAUAACUCCUACACCACUUUUGCAUCAGUAUCAGAUGGUGUUGUCUGCAUCUCCUCUUGCACCUCAGGCAAGGCUGCUAGAUAUUAAAGGGAACGCACUUGAGGAUACAAAAGUUAAGAAUGAAAACCAUAAAGAAGAUCCACAUUCUUCCGGGGAGGAAUCCAUAUCUACUGAGGAUAUGCGAACGGGAGUAAAGACUGAACCUUUGAGCCCAAAUAAUGGCACACCAUCUCAUGCUACAGACCAGAAACCUGUUGUAAAGGCAGACAGUGACAGGCGUAUGGUUGCUGCAAGGACAGAACCCCUAACUCCUAACACUGCUUCCAAAAAACAGAGACCUAACAAGAGAGGAUCAGAAUCAAGCUCCGAUUCAGACUCUGAUUCAGAUAGAUCAACCUGUUCUUCCAGAUCAUCUUCAUCUUCAUCCUCCUCUUCAUCCUCUUGCUCACGUUCCAGAUCAGGAUCCAGUUCCUCAUCUUCUUCAUCUUGUUCUUCAGCAUCAUCGUCAUCUUCAUCAUCCUCUUCCUCCUCCUCCUCAUCCUCAUCCUCUUCAUCAGAAGAAAGUGACAGUGAUGAAGAAGAAUCACAGAAGAGACGUAAGUGCUGUUUCGCUCAUUUUCACAUUCAAAAGGCUAAUUAAGGGCUAAUUUGCUUUAAAUUUGUGCUGGGAGAAGGUUGACAUAAGCCCCUUUCCCCUUAAUAUAGCAUGUAAAUAAAUAUUUUGAAUUGUAGGAAACUGGACUACGGGGGUGCCAUAUAAUGCUGUAAUCACAAACAGGCUAGAAAAAUAUUGUUCUUGCUCUGUGAAAAGUAGAAAUGUGGCUUCAUGAAUUGCAACAGCUGUUUCAGAAAGUUAAAUUAGAACAUAUUUUUAGCUUUUUUCCCAUAUUUGAUUUAUUUUUUAAAAAAUUAGGAAUGCAACUACAAGAAUGGCCUAGCCAUUCAUAUUUGAUUUUAUGUAAAUACAUAAUAUGUAUUUGAUAUGUUAACUUCCUUUGCUGUGCAUAAAAUUAAUUUGCAAGGGGUUUUUUUGGGGUGGGGGGGAAUACGAGCAUGAGUUUGACCAAACUGUGGGAGGCAGUGGAAGACAGGAGUGCCUGGUGUGCUCUGGUCCAUGGGGUCACGAAGAGUCGGACACGACUAAACGACUAAACAACAACAACUUAAUCUUAGUAUAAGAUCUCAGUAAAAGCAUGGUUUAUGCUUUUUUAAAGAGAAUAUAUAGUAUACACACUGUUUGGGCUUUAUGAUUGAAUUAUUACACUAAACCUCUAAAGUAUUUUGGCACAUUCAGACUUCUCAGCUAUUCAAAGUAAAAUUCCCCAUGUAUUUUGUAAACAACAUCAAGAUUAUGGACAGCUGUAGUUGCUGUUUUGGAAUUCUAAUGUCUCAUAUAUAUAAAUCAUAUGUUCAUAAAUUUACAAGGCAAACACAUACAUAAGUAUAUAAACCACGUGUCUGAAAUAGUACAGGAGAGCAAUCCUGAAACCAUUUUGACUCUCCCAAAUUGACCUCAAAUAUUUCUCUGCAGUGAGGAAGGAAAUGGGAAAGCCUCCCCAUUGUCUGUUUGCUCAAAUCCUGUCUUAAGGGCAUAUUUGUGUAUGAAUAGGGUGAGCCUGCGACCUGUAUUUAGGAACUGUAUUUACCAUCACAAAAGAAUGGCCAGGCUGUCCAGGUAGAAGAAUCAGUGGCCAUUAUUAGGUAUCCUUACAAACAGGAAUUUUGUUGGAGACCGCCUCCUUCUGUAAUGUAUUUAUGAUGUUUUGGGGGUGGUCUCUGGCUACAGGGUGGACAACUUCAAAAGUCUAUAUAAGGGCUUCCGCACCAUUGUUCUGAGUCCCUCCUGUCUCCUGUGUGUGGUAGUGAGCACCCUGUUGCAAUAGUUAAUAAAGAUCAGGCUUACUAGCUUCCUUGCUUAUCAAUAUUCUCUGGUUGGCCUCUGUUAUUUUUUCCUUCCAAUAGGACUCUAUACUUAAGGACUCUAUACGGGCUCUUGGCUACCCCAAAAGGGAAAAGGAGGAGUUUUUUCUUUUAACAUUGCAUUUGCAUAUUCUAGAGUGGUGAAUGAAACCAACUUUUGCUAGCAUUCACUACUACAGUGUUGAUGCAAAAAAAUGUAAGACAGGAUUCAGAGGCUAUAAGGUCUAUUCAGAUAUUAUUUCUUCCUAUGGUUAUCUCCAGAGAAGAGCUGGGCUUAGAAAUUCAGGCCAAGCAGCUAUUAGCUUGGUAUCAUGCUUUGCAGCCUAGAAUGAAGCACUAGGUAAUUGAUAGAAUCAGUUUAUUUUGUUCUCUUGGGUUUCUAGCUUUCCAUUGUUCCUGUGUUCAUUGCUGUGCACUUGGUUUAUCAAUUUCUUGAGGGUUAAAAUUAUUGCCCAUCAAAUUUACCUAGUUACGAUAUUUUCUGUCUAAAGUUAUGGCAGUAAAUUGUUCAUACCAUGAUAAUCUCAUGUCUUGAUUUUCAGUGUAAUGGCACUUUGGAACUAUUGUCGUAGCAGUUCUCAGCAGUUCUGUUCCUCAGAGUCUUGAAAUGAUGGUUUGUAAAGAGCAACUUGUACACUAGUCCUCCUGUAUCUCAUGCACAGUUGUCCCACAAUGGCCUCUGAUUCAUGCUGUACUGUUUGUGUACAAUCCAGACUGCGAGAGCAGUGGGCAAUAGUGGUGCUAAGAAGUAAUUUCUAUUAUAAGAUAUGAUCUAGACUAAGAUCUAAAAUGUUUGAUUUAAAAAAAAUAAAAAUCUUUAUUUUACUAUUAUAGAUGUUUGCAUACUUGCAUAGUAUUCAAGGAUCCUGAUUAAGAUGUCUCAGUUUUCUUCCUUUUUGACAUCCAGAAGGCCUGGCUGAUAAAAUACUCUCUUUUGGCCAUAGAAGCAAUCCAAGUUUUCUCAGGAUAAAAGCUAUCAAGUGGUAUCAAAUGUUAGUCAUACUGAGAGUAGACCUAUUGAAAUCACUUGGGUCUACCCUGAAUAUGACUAACGUUUAAUAUCACCAUUUGUAUAUCAAAUCAUUAUGUGUUGCAGAAAUAGGGUAUCCAUUAUUGGAAGUUUUAUGCUCUAAUAACCUAAAAUUGUUUCCCUCAGCAGAAGGAACGCCUCUUUUGAAAGCAUAUGAUGAAGAGAGUGUAGCUUCCCUAAGCACUGUGCAGGAUGAAACCCAGGACAGUUUUCAAAUGAAUAAUGGAACACCAAAUUCUAACUGUAUCUUACAAGGUGGAUAUAUGUUGGCUGCUUCCUACUGGCCAAAGGUAAGUUAGUAAGGCUGGAUCUAAACACAUCAAAGAAGUGUUUCAGUUUAAAACGUAAAUUUAAACAGGGAAAACAGGUAAAGAAAAAGUGGACUCCACAUCGCCAUUUCAUAUACAUGGCAUAUAAAUCACUUUUUCUUUUACCAGUCUAGCAGAGUCCUAAGACUACAUGUAUAUAAAUCUAUAUAAAUUUCCUUCCAAAAAAUACUGAAUUUGCUAAUUCAUUUUCUUUAAACUUCUGAAUUUGAGAAGUAUAUAAAUUUGGGCUUCAGUUGCUUCCUGACAUGGCUGGGAAGAAGUAGUUAUUUUAUCAUUCAGUAUCAGAGAUGCCCACUGUGCUCCUUUCACUGGCAUUUCCCCCCCCUAUAAUUGGAAGCAUUAAUACUACUGUGUUCUUGCCUCUUGGACCGGCCACUUCAUCUAUAAUUUCUCCAGCAUAUGGUGAUUCUUUUAGAAGAUAUGUGAUAUGGGAAUAAAUAUUCCCCUCAGUCACAUGCUGGUGACACACUGCUCUUUGCCCAGCCACUCAGUUAUGCCAGAGAUCCAGUUGUCUGCCACCAAAUGUUCACUUUCACUAUCAGUGCUAGAAGAGCUUAACCAUAUGACUUCAUUCUAGAAGCUGCAGUCAAUUUUCCUGCCUAAAAGGAAAGGGGGGAGGAGACACAAGAAUCUGUUAUUGUAUCCUGUUCAGAAAAAGCCUUCUGACUAUUGGCCUGUUCAGACCUGUUUUUUUCCCAAGCACUGCCCCCAGCAUUUCUGUUCUCUGGAAGUAACUAUAACACUUUGCUGUGGACAGGCUUCCGCCCCCGUCCCCCAACAGUCACAUCAAUCCUGAACAGUGAUACUAGCCUGAGUGGAAUUUAAAACAUGGUUUGUGCAUCAGUAGAGAUUAUUGAAGGAAGUAUUAUUACCCUUCUUAUGUACAAAGCAAAAGAAAUCAUAAUGCCAAAUUAUGUCCACAAUCAGAAGAAAAUAUUUGUUAAGUGAUAGAUCAAAACUCUCCUGAUGAUCCUGCAGCCUUGCCACAUUUUGUUGGUUGUUUAUUAAUUGCUCAGAUUAAUUUAGCAAGUUGUUUUAACUGUUGAGAUAGAAAAGUAGGCUAUUAACUGCCUUCUAUUCCUUCUAGGAUCGGGUUAUGAUUAACCGUCUGGAUAGUAUUUGUCAAACAAUAUUGAAAGGUAAAUGGCCUGCGGCACGGAGAAGUUACGACAGCAAUACCGUGGCUUCAUUUUAUACCACCAAGCUUUUAGACAGCCCGGGUGCCGCUGCAGAGUACAGUGAGCCCAGUGUACCAACACCUCCAAGUGCAGAUGUUAAAGAAGAAAAUGAUCAGUCACCACAGAUGUCAAAGGUGAAGAAGCAUGUACGGGAAAAGGAGUUUACAGUGAAAAUCAAUGACGUAUGUUUAUUUUUAUCGCCCUAGGACCUGAUUGCGAUUGCGGUGUGCAGCAUGCUUUACCUACAAGUGGCUGCCUGCUCUCAAUCUUAUUUCCUUCACACACACAUUUAUGGGUAUUUUGGGAUAAAUUUCUAUGGGGCAUCCCCCCCUUUAAAAAAAAAAAAGAAUUCAGAAUUGAUCAACAAAUGACAACAAUUCUUGGACUUUUGAAGCCUUGCUGGUGGGAUGCUUUCUCAUAUAGCCUUUCUUCUGCUGUCUUUAGUGCUGAAGGUGCUUUCCAGAGUGUCUAGCUCUUCUGAACUCAGUCUUGAAUGUCUGAAAACAGGAACUUCCAGAUAUCCAGUUUUUAAAUGCCCUUGGUGAACAAAUCAGAACAAUUAUUCACAUACUCAGAAUUCCUUAGGUUCUUAUGCUAAAAGUUAAUAGUAAUACAUACUAAUGAAUACAAACCCUUUAUAAUAAUUAACUUGAUAUCUGCAAAUUUAUGUUUUAAUACAUACUUAUUUAUAAAAGUAUUCAGUUGCAGUCAUUACUGUACCUGACUAAAGACUGCCAGUUACUUAGAUGCGUGUGUGAGAGAAGAUCAGUUCUUCUUGAAAUUGCAAAUGAAGAUCUUAAACUAUUUCAUUGGUUUGUUCUUCCCAAAGAAAUGUGCUAACCCUCAUGUUUGUUUAACAGGAAGGGGGUUUGAAAUUAAUUUUUCAGAAGCAGGGGCUUUCUCAGAAAAGACCAUUUGAAAGUGAAGAUGGUACAUUAGGACAGCAGCAAUACCUUGCCAGGCUACAGGAACUCCAGAAUGCUUCAGAGACCAGCCUUGCCAAUUUCCCAAAGUCUUUGCCAGAGUUGGGUAAGCAUUGUGUGAAAGCCAGUGUUUAAUGCCAAAAGGUUUGCUACUUAGAUAUUGUAUUAAUAAUUUUUGGAUUGCCAUUCCAAGUUGUUUAACUGUCUGUCACCUAGUUUUACUAAUGAGAUAAGCUUGGUUCUGUGCUGUGACACUUCAUACAGCAGGUGGGUGCUCAGCUGGAUGCUAUGUCAUUCACAAAAGUGUUCCCUGCAGAUAUUAAACUGGUAUGUCAGCAAGAGAGAAGACCAGACUAGAAUCUCUCUCCAUGGCUCUCUAACAAGGAAUGUUAUGAAGUAUCAUUCAAUUGAGUCCCCGUUUGCAGUAUGGUGGUACAGUUUGAAGAGAUUGUUUUGUAGCUCCUUACAACCCUUUCUGUUCUUAACUUCCCUGAACAAUUUAGUGUUAUCAGUAAAUGUGUCUACCUCACUUGCUUGUCCCUAACUCUGGAACAUUUAUGAACAAGUCUAUUCUAUCACUGCCAUUGAUGAUUGCAUAAGUGAAAGAAUGCAUACACUUCAAAUAAUUUGGAUGAUGUUCUUCUAUCUAGAACCUAACUCAAAUAAGUAAGAAUGUUACAGCUGUAUAAGGCUGAAUAGCAACUCUUUUGAAGGAAGAGCUGUAGCAUAAAGUAAUGGUGAUAAGUGAGCUGAGAAAAUGCUGAGGUUUUCUUUGGCCUUGACAAGAUAUACUAGGCUACAAUCUGUAUGUUUGCAGGCCUGUUAUUCCCCGGUGUCAGGUUGUAAUUGUGGGGAGAAAAGAAUAUAGAGCCUAUUGAAGUUGGGUACUUUGACAUCAGUAUUAAUAUGUAUGCCACAUAAUCCUGGAGUGGUACAGCGGCGGGGCAUAUGCCCGUGCUGCCCAGGAUGGACGCGUUCCCGAGGGGGGCGGAGAACGCUCCCGAGGGGAGCGGGGCACGAAGGGUUCCCGAGGGGAGUGGGGUGCAUGGAGCAGCACACAUGCCCUGCAGCCAGGGGCAGAGUGAGCUGCCCAUGGCGGACAUUCGGCGCGCCGCCCCCCACGACUCCCAACCCUCCCCCAAGCUGUCAAAAUGAAGGGGGAAGGGGAGAAUGCCACCGGCAAAGUGUUGCAGCUCCCCCCCCCUUCCGCUGAUGGCUCGGGGUAGGCUUGGGAGUCGCAGGUAGGUGGCGCGUCAAAUGUCACCUCCCUCAGUGAAGACACCCAGGGCAGUCCGCCUCCACCACACACCCCUUCCUCCACCCCUGGGGGUAUUGAACUAACUUUUCUUCAGUGCAUGCCCAGAUAAAUUAAUGAACCUUAGUCAUGUUCUUAAUUUGAAUGGGCCUACUCAGAGUAAAACUCUGUCUCAUAGAUACGCUAGAAACUUUUUCUAUAAAUUCAUUUUACUUUCAGUGACUUUUUUUGUUGCUGCUUUUACAGUUGUUCAUAUUCAUUUGGGGGGAAAGUUUUUUGUUGCUGAUUUUAUGAAACUGUUAAUUUGAUUAGGAACUUCCAGUCAAUCAACAGCUACUGCAAAUGGAAUAAUAGCUGAUGACCAGCCUGUAAUGAAAAAGAGGAGAGGAAGGAGGAAGAAUGUGGAAGGAGUAGAUAUACUGUUUAUAAAUAGAAACAAAGCACCUAACCACGUAAGCAGAUGUGAAUUGAUAUUUUAAGUAUACAUGCUGUUCUGAUGUAAAUGUUAUCAAUUUUGAAGGCUUUAAUGUCUUUAGAUUGGCCAAAUAGAAGCCCAUCUGCCAGCCUGCUUCAGUAGAUUUCUUGUAUUGUACUACUGGUAUUAGCUUUGGCAUUGAUAUUACAAAAUGCAUUGACAUUCCCAUCCAGCAUCUUAUUUAAUCAGGUUCAUAUAUUUUUGCAAGACAAAACUUUUUUAGCAGGGUUGACAUCUUGAAUAUGUAACUGUGAUGUUUGCUUUCCAUUAAAUAUUUGUCUCUAGGUUUUCUUCAUAGAAUUAUAGAAUUGUAGAGUUGGAAAGGACCCCAAGGGUCAUGCAGUCCAACCCUCUGCAAUGCAGGAAUCUCAUCUAGAUUGUACAUGACAGGUGGUCAUCCAAACUCUGCUUUAAAACUUCCAGUGUUUUACCUCAUGUUUAAUCAGAAUUUAGUUUCUUAUAACUUGAAGCCAUUGGUUCAAGUCCUACCCUCUGGAGCAGGAGAAAACAAGCUUGCUCCAUCUUCCUUUAGAUAUUUGAAGGUGGCUAUCAUCUCUUCUCUGUCUCCUUUCAUCUAAGCCAAGCAUACCCAACUCCCUCAACCAUUCCUCAUAAGGCUUGGUUUCCAGACACUUUAUAAUUCUGGUUGCCCUCCUCUGCAUUUGUUCCAGCUUGUCAAUAUCAUUCUUAAAUGGUGGUGCCCAGAACAACACAUUACUCCAGGUGUGGUCUGACCAAGGCGGAAUAGAGUAGUGCUAUUACUGUACUUCCUUUGAUUUGGACACUAUACUUCUGUUGAUGCAGCUCGAGAGAGAGCUCUCAGACUGCAAUCAGCAAUCUCCAAUCAACUAAGUCAGGCAUAGGCGAACUCGGCCCGCCAGAUGUUUCGAGACUACAAUUCCCAUCAUCCCUGACCACUGGUCCUGUUAGCAAGGGAUAGUGGGAGUUGUAGUCCCAAAACAUCUGGAGGGCCAAGUUUGCCUAUGCCUGAACUAAGUAGAACAGUACUCAUAACACUUCGUAUUUCUGCAGGUUUGCCAUAGCAUUAAUGUCCCUCAGGUUGCUCCAGGAAUAAACCCAGCACUUCCAUAUGUACCAUCCCACGGCGUGUGUGAUGCAGAAAGCCCAGUUCCAGUUAUUAACUUGAAAGAUGGAACAAGACUUGCAGGCGAUGAUGCCCCUAAAAGAAAAGAUUUGGAGAAAUGGUUCAAUGAACAUCCUGGCUAUGUUGAAGAUUUAGGAGCUUUUAUUCCUGUAAGUAUUUCCAUUCAUUCUAACUGUGCUGUGAUAUUUGAAUAUAGCAAGCAAAUUCUGUGUAAUAUUCAUCUUUUAAUAUAGGGUUGUAAUUUUGAACACGCUAUGAGUACAUAUAUGAUAAUUUUAGCAUGGUUUGAGGCCAUUUGAAAAUAUUGUGGUGUUUAAUAUAAAACUUAAUGUGCAGCAUAUUUAAGAAGUAAAACCUUCAUUAAGUAGGUCCUUAAGCAUAAAUAUGUUAUUCAUAAGCAGCUUGAAUAAUAGUGAGAGCUCACAUAUAUAUAUAUUUAAUUCUGCUACCACAGAAAAUGCAGCUUCAUGAAGGAAGACCCAAACAAAAAAGGCACCGUUGUCGCAAUCCUAAUAAGCUGGAUAUUAAUAGCCUUACUGGGGAAGAACGUGUUCAACUAAUCAAUAGAAGGAAUGCUAGAAAGGUAUUUCUUUAACUUUUGUCAUCCAGAGACAUGCCAGCUUGGUGCCCUACCUCAAGGACCGCCUCUCCCUAUAUAAACCAUCACAGACUCUGCUUUCAUCAUCAGAGGCCCUUCUUUGUGUGCCUCCUCCAGAGGGUGGCAACACGAGAAUGGGCCUUCUCUGUAGUGGCUCCCCGUUUGUGGAAUGCUCUCCCAAGGCAAAAACAUUUCUCUUCAAGCAGGCUUUUGGCUGAUUAAUAUUCUGCAACCUUUUAAAUGUGUCUGUGGGAAGGAAGAGUUAUUUAUUUUGCUGUUUUGUUUUAAUUAUUUACUUGUUUUUAUCCUGUAUUUUAUUCUGUGAACUGCCCUUAGAUCUUAUGGUGAAGGGCGGUGUAUAAAUAUAAUAAUAAUAAUAAUGUGUCACCAUAACUAUUCUAGCACAUACAGAAAUGAGAUAGCUUGUUAAGCUAUGAGUGCAAACUGAAUGUUGGAUCCAUGAAGUAUACUGAUAAAUUUUUGAUCCUUACAUUUCAGGUAGGAGGUGCUUUUGCUCCACCACUGAAGGACCUGUGCAGAUUCCUGAAAGAGAAUUCUGAAUAUGGAGUAGCUCCUGAAUGGGCAGAUGUUGUAAAACAAUCUGUGAGUAGUAGAGGGAGUGUCAUUAUUUUGUAGCUUUACUUACCAAAGAAAGCAGGUUAGCCCUAAAGCAGUGUGAUCCCUGUUUUAAGCAGUUUAGAAACAACUAGGAAAAUUUUGAGCCUUGAGACCACUCUUGCUUAUUUGUAUUGUUAUGUGCCAUGUACAUUGAAGGCACUAUAUAAAGUAAAGUUCAAAAGCUGUAAAAGGCAGCUUUUGCAAAUGACUUUAUUUGAAUUAUUUUUCUGGUUUCCAGCUAACAUUCCUAACUAUGCUAUAUCUAUUCUACCAUAUUAUUGGCUAUGUUUGAAAUUGAUUUUAAUACUUAUUUUCUCAAUUUAGCUACAGCAUAUUUUUAAGAUGCAGAAAUAGGUAGCUGCAUUAAAGAAUGCAAUAACCCAAUUUUCAUUUUUCCCCCUUAGGGAUUUCUUCCUGAAAGCAUGUUUGACCGUAUUCUCACAGGGCCUGUUGUGCGAGAGGAAGUAAGCAGGAGAGGGAGAAGACCUAAAAGCGAGAUUGCCAAGGCAGCUGCUGCUGCAGCAACAGCAGCAGCAAGCAUACCAGUCAACCCUUUAUUAGCUAACGGGCUGCUGCCAGGGGUGGAUCUGUCUACUCUCCAGGCCUUACAGCAAAAUCUGCAAAAUUUUCAGUCACUGCAAGUGACAGCAGGCUUAAUGGGAAUGCCGACUAGUUUGAACACUGCUGGGGAGGCGAAAAACAUGGCUGCUGUGUUUCCCAUGCUGCUUUCAGGAAUGGCUGGCUUACCAAAUUUGCUAGGAAUGGGAGGACUCCUCACAAAAUCUACAGAACCUGCUUCCGAGGAAAAAAAGGGAAAUGACUCAAGAGAGCCCGACGGGAAAAAAGAAAGGACAGAGAGCCAAAAUGCACAUAAUGGUGGAGAAAACUCUGUGUCGGGUUCUCCUUCCACAUCAUCUGCUGCUGCUGCUGCAGCCGCCAGCCCCCUUGCUCUUAACCCCUUACUGUUGUCCAAUAUACUUUAUCCAGGGAUGCUUCUCACUCCAGGCCUUAAUCUCCAUAUCCCAGCUUUGUCCCAAUCCAAUAUUUUUGAUGUACAGAACAAUGAAAACAAUGGCACAGGCACAGCCAAGCAAACAGAAGAAAGGGAGGAAAAUUCUAGAGUUAAAGAUCAAGAAGACAAAAGGGGAGCAGAGCCUAGCUCUCGCAAUGAAAACAGCACAGAUGAGGGUUCAGAGAAAGCCGAUGCUUCCUCUGGGUCAGACAGUACAUCGUCCUCGUCUGAGGAUUCGGAUUCUAGUGAUGAAGACUGA